CAUAAAGCUGUAAGGGGGCAACUCAGAAUGUAGUGUAGGCUGGAUAUCUCCUGGGUGCGGAUUGUUAAAAGUCAUUGGAUUAGUUCAUGUUUUGGCUCUUUCUUUGCAUGAAGAACAAAACAGCUUUAAACCAUAUUGAUAUUGUGUGUGUGUAUUUCCUCGUGUUUUAGAUCAUUCUGUUUUCUGACUGCACCAUCGAUAGGGAAGUUAACCGAAAGUCAUAACCGCAAGUGAUUACGAUUUGUAUUUCCCUCUGGAAAUUACUUUACAAUGUUGGACUAAGCCAAAGGAUUAUUAAGACUUUGAUGAUCACGAUGUGAAGUGACACCAGUCCAAGUCCAGCAUUGUUAUAGUACAAUCUUUGUGGCCCAGGGGCUCCUCUAUGGAGUUCAUAUUUCAAAGGAUGGCAGCACACAGCAGAUGUUGUUGUUUGUUGGUUUUGUUAACACUGUUGUACCGUGGUGGUGAGUGCUGUCCUAGCUCGACAUGAUGUGCUACCCAAUGUACCUAAACAUCCACUGUGUUAAAUACUGUAGCUAUUUUGGCGUUGUGUUGCAGACUGUAACAAUCACUCACUAGGUUACACAUUAUACUAAAUAAAUCGUUGUGUUACAGACUGUAACACUCACUAGGUUACAUAUUAUACUAAAUAAAUUCUUGUGUAACACACUGUAACAAACACUCACUAGGUUACAUAUUAUACUAAAUAAAUUCUUGUGUAACACACUGUAACAAUCACUCACUAGGUUACAUAUUAUACUAAAUAAAUUCUUGUGUAACACACUGUACAAGAAUCAUUGUGUCAUGAUAGAACAAUGUUGAUUCUCUAAAAUAGAACGUGCUGUGUCACCUAGUCAUCAGCUUUGUUUGAGAAAGAAGAUUUUUAGAUAUUUUUAAUUUAAAUGUUCAAUUAAAGCCUUGUCAGAUCUUGUAAAACUAAAAGAUUUUUUUUUUUUUUUUUUUUUUUUUUUUUUUUUGCAUCCGAUCAAAAUGCGUUAUGUAAAAGAAGAAAAAGAAAUAGCACAAACAUUUCAAGAAAGUACCCAUAUUCUAUUAUCUAUAAGGGGUACCUUCAAGUUUUAAAGCAUAUUAUUAAUAAUUCCACUAAAUUUUGUUCAGUUUGGAACUAAAUACACUUUAAAGUUUCGGGGGUGGGACUACUUAAUUGUACCAUCGUAUCUGUUUCUACACCAUAAUUUAUGAUAAUGGCCGGUGACUGGUGGCAGUCUAAAUCAAGAAAAUUCUCUCUUCACAGGCAGCGCCGCGCCUUACGUCAACAUCACCAAUCUCCCCUUCACCUGCUCCAUCCCCGAGAACACCCCGAUUGGCUCGCUCAUCUUCAAUACGACGUACUAUAACUCGGUCAACGGCACGACGGUCGUCUUCAACAUCAACAGUGGGUCUCAAUUGUUGUUAGUUUUUGCCAAAGUGGCAUCCAUAAAUUAUGUCAACAAGGUUUCGGCAGUUAAUAAUUAGUUGAAAAACUGUCAAGGAACCCUCCCUUCCCCUAUCCUUAAAAUUAAUGUGAAAAUGUUUACCCCCACCCACAGCCAACUUUAUAUUAUGUUUAUGAAUGUUCGUGUGCGCGCGCUUGCGUGCGUGUUUGUUUGUAUGUGUGUUUGUGUCUGUGUGUUUUGUUUCAAUGCUUUAAAAAUUGUAUACAAAAUAGGAAAAUAUAUAGUUUUAAUACAUGUGUUUACACUUGUUGAACACAAUUUAAAAUUUUAAUGUUUAGAAAUUUCGUCUAUGCACAUUUUUUUGUUGCCAAAUGCAUUAAAAAAAUGGUAAAGUACGAAAUGCUAUUGUUAGUAAAUUAUCCCCUUUCCCUGUCUGCCAUCAUCUUCCCAUAAAUGAUCCAAGUAGCCAUCCAGUGCAUUGUUCAGAAAUCUUUGGCUCCUCGCGGCUCUUUCACCCAUUAUAACAUUCAUUUUUUCCUAAGGAAGUGCCUAAUUAACAGUAUCGAAGUAAAAUAUUAAUUCUAGAUGUCAUGUCAUGCCAUGUGUACAUUUACUCUCCUUGCCAUGUGUACAUUUACUCUCCUUGCCAUGUGUACAUUUACUCUCCAUGCCAUGUGUACAUUUACUCUCCAUGUCAUGUGUACAUUUACUCUCCAUGCCAUGUGUACAUUUACUCUCCAUGCCAUGUGUACAUUUACUCUCCAUGCCAUGUGUACAUUUACUCUCCAUGUCAUGUGUACAUUUACUCUCCAUGCCAUGUGUACAUUUACUCUCCAUGCCAUGUGUACAUUUACUCUCCAUGCCAUGUGUACAUUUACUCUCCGUGCCAUGUGUACAUUUACUCUCCGUGCCAUGUGUACAUUUACUCUCCGUGCCAUGUGUACAUUUACUCUCCUUGCCAUGUGUACAUUUACUCUCCAUGCCAUGUGCACAUUUAGUCUCCAUGCCAUGUGCACAUUUAGUCUCCAUGCCAUGUGUACAUUUACUCUCCUUGCCAUGUGUACAUUUACUCUCUUUGCCAUGUGUACAUUUACUCUCCAUGUCAUGUGUACAUUUAGUCUCCAUGCCAUGUGUACAUUUACUCUCCAUGCCAUGUGUACAUUUACUCGCAAUGCCAUGUGUACAUUUACUCUCCAUGCCAUGUGUACAUUUACCCUCCUUGCCAUGUGUACAUUUACUCUCCAUGCCAUGUGUACAUUUACUCUCCAUGCCAUGUGUACAUUUAUUCUCCAUGCCAUAAGUGCAUUUACUCUCCAUGCCAUGUGUACAUUUACCCUCCAUGCCAUGUGUACAUUUACUCUCCAUGCCAUGUGUACAUUUACCCUCCAUGCCAUGUGUACAUUUACUCUCUAAUCAGCCGUUGCCUGCAGCCCCCUAAAUAUUUUCAAUGCAGAUUUGACUUAUACACUUGCUUUUUUACUCCCCCCAAAAAGUAUGCUGAUAGCUACUUUAUUGUAAUUAUGGGAAUAGAAUAUGGUGUAACUUUGUAAUAUUCUAUUACACAGCAUCGUAUUCUAACUAUUCAGCGGUUAAAUGAUCAACAAUUUAUCUGUUUCAUUUAGAAGAGGCAGGUAAUUUCUUGGGCCUAGGAACACAAGAACACAUCGUAGUUGUUGUUCUUAAAGUUUGAAAGGAUUGGAUCCUACUAUUAUUGAUGCCAUCAAAUUUUUUUUAUCAUUUCAUAUUAAUGUUCUUAUAUAUAUAUAUCAUAGACAAACAUCAACGGUGACAUUAAUUUAUUAUAUACAACCUGCCCUUUAUUAAAAUUUGUCAAACGCUGUCACACUCCCUACACUCAUUUCGUUGACGUAAUUUAUGGACGCAACCAAUCAGAGCACUAUGGCGUGGGGUUCACAUCUUUUAAUUUAUAAUUAUUAUUUUUUUAUUUUUUUUUAACAUAGUUGCUCUAUCAGAAGCAUUAUAAGGUUUUUAACACAAUUUUACGAAUAAUUUCGUUUCUAAUUCCAUUCCAGUUUUAAGGCCAUAUUUUUUUUUUUUUUUUUUUUUUUUUUUUUUUUUUUUUUUUUUUUUUUUUUUUUUUUUUUAUUUUUUUUUUUAUAUUUUUUUAUUUUUUUUUUUUUUUUUUUUUUUUUUUUUUUUUUUUUUUUUUUUUUUUUUUUUUUUUUUUUUUUUUUUUUUUUUUUGCUUAAUUUAAUUUUUUUUUGUGGUCAAAUUCAAUUAAAAAUCUUAUUUAGUAUUUUUUCUUUAUCUUAUUUAUUUUGCUCUUUUGUUUCGUUUCUUUUCCUUUUUUAAAAAUCUUAAAUCUUCUCAAAUUAAGAAACAAUAAUUUUAAUAAUAUUCUGGAACGAGAAUAACUUGCAUUCCGAAAAAAAGAUAAUGUAACAUUCUUAUUAAAAUAAUAUUUUUUUUCAAAAACUACCUGAUAUUUUAUUCAGACCAUUAAUAUUUUUUUAGACAUGAGUUACCAUUUCAUAUUGAAUGAUCAUCCAUUGAUUGCCGUCUUUGUCAGCAUAACAUCUCAUGUUUACAUAUUAACACCUCCACACAUUCGUUUUUUUCCUUUCUACAGUUACUGACCCUGAACUAGUUCCUGAUGGUAAUCGUUUAGCAUUUUGUCAUAAUCUCGAUACCAAUAUUAUCCUUUUCAUUUAUGCACAAUUAGCUUUUAUUAUCGUUUAUAUUCGUUGCUGUUUUCUUCAAAAGUUGCCCUAAACAGUGUAAUCCUUAUGCAAUGCAACACAAAUAUCCAUGUCUGCCCUCGGCGUCAUUUUUGACUUAAAUUCAAGAAGAGUGAUUACCCCCCUUUUUUUUUUCUUUGCUAUGCGCUAGAUUCCCAUAUCUUAUACAUCUAUAUUUCGCCUCGUGUUACACCAUAUAUAUUUUGUUCUUCCUAUGUCUAUACGUAUAUUUGUAAACCCCAGGGGAAACUCGGAUAAUCAAUUUUUAAAGAGAAAAUCAGUAUUUGUUAAAACGGGUUUCGGUUUAUUAAAUGCUUACAAUUUACAAUAACAACCGUUUUCCCCCAUAGCCGUUAAUUGCAGGGACAAAAUUGAAGGUGUACAAUUAUUAUGGGAGUGGUACUAUACCGAUAGGUAAACGGAGAGCACAUAAACAUCUAAUGUUGUGUUACAAUAGUGUAAACAGCUUCUUUUCUUUUUAAAUUCAAACUUUACAUAAACUUUCCAAAUAGUUUCCUUUCAAAAGAACUUACCUGUAGACCGUGUAGAUAACAAACAUUUCAAAUAUGUGGGUCACUGUGAACAAGGAGGAACCACGCCCCCUUGAGUACACGAAAAAAACAUUUUAACGAGAUUUCAGAAUAACCUGUUAAACUCCCCCCCCCCCCACCCACACACACUCCCCCCCCCCCCCACACACACACACACUUCUUUCUUUUAAUGUCAUAACCACAUUGUUGUUGUCAAUAUUGUAUAUUGCAUUUGUGCGUGCUAUUACUGCUUUAAAAAAUAUAUGCUAAUCGCUGUUUGAAUAGCUGUAGCUAUUCCUGUAGCUAUUGCUGCUGCUGUUGUUUUAGUUUGUGAUGGUCAACGGCGACAGCAGAAAUUGAAAUGGAGUUGGUUAUGUAAAAUCUAGUUGUAGUUGUUGUUUUUUUUUUUUUUUUUUGCUAAAAUUUUUAAAAAAGGAGAUCGUUGUCAACACACAAGAAACAAACUUUCAGUUUUGACACGUUGUCAACACACAAGAAACAAACUUUCAGUUUUGACACGUUGUCAACACACAAGAAACAAACUUUCAGUUUUGACACGUUGUCAACACACAAGAAACAAACUUUCAGUUUUGACACGUUGUCAACACACAAGAAACAAACUUUCAGUUUUGACACGUUGUCAACACACAAGAAACAAACUUUCAGUUUUGACACGUUGUCAACACACAAGAAACAAACUUUCAGUUUUGACACGUUGUCAACACACAAGAAACAAACUUUCAGUUUUGACACGUUGUCAACACACAAGAAACAAACUUUCAGUUUUGACACGUUGUCAACACACAAGAAACAAACUUUCAGUUUUGACACGUUGUCAACACACAAGAAACAAACUUUCAGUUUUGACACGUUGUCAACACACAAGAAACAAACUUUCAGUUUUGACACGUUGUCAACACACAAGAAACAAACUUUCAGUUUUGACACGUUGUCAACACACAAGAAACAAACUUUCAGUUUUGACACGUUGUCAACACACAAGAAACAAACUUUCAGUUUUGACACGUUGUCAACACACAAGAAACAAACUUUCAGUUUUGACACGUUGUCAACACACAAGAAACAAACUUUCAGUUUUGACACGUUGUCAACACACAAGAAACAAACUUUCAGUUUUGACACGUUGUCAACACACAAGAAACAAACUUUCAGUUUUGACACGUUGUCAACACACAAGAAACAAACUUUCAGUUUUGACACGUUGUCAACACACAAGAAACAAACUUUCAGUUUUGACACGUUGUCAACACACAAGAAACAAACUUUCAGUUUUGACACGUUGUCAACACACAAGAAACAAACUUUCAGUUUUGACACGUAGUCAACACACAAGAAACAAACUUUCAGUUUUGACACGUUGUCAACACACAAGAAACAAACUUUCAGUUUUGACACGUUGUCAACACACAAGAAACAAACUUUCAGUUUUGACACGUUGUCAAUACACAAGAAACAAGCUUUCAGUUUUGACACGUUGUCAACACACAAGAAACAAGCUUUCAGUUUUGACACGUUGUCAACACACAAGAAACAAACUUUCAGUUAUGACACGUUGUCAACACACAAGAAACAAACUUUCAGUUUUGACACGUUGUCAACACACAAGAAACAAACUUUCAGUUUUGACACGUUGUCAACACACAAGAAACAAACUUUCAGUUUUGACACGUUGUCAACACACAAGAAACAAACUUUCAGUUUUGACACGUUGUCAACACACAAGAAACAAACUUUCAGUUUUGACACGUUGUCAACACACAAGAAACAAACUUUCAGUUUUGACACGUUGUCAACACACAAGAAACAAACUUUCAGUUUUGACACGUUGUCAACACACAAGAAACAAACUUUCAGUUUUGACACGUUGUCAACACACAAGAAACAAACUUUCAGUUUUGACACGUUGUCAACACACAAGAAACAAACUUUCAGUUUUGACACGUUGUCAACACACAAGAAACAAACUUUCAGUUUUGACACGUUGUCAACACACAAGAAACAAACUUUCAGUUUUGACACGUUGUCAACACACAAGAAACAAACUUUCAGUUUUGACACGUUGUCAACACACAAGAAACAAACUUUCAGUUUUGACACGUUGUCAACACACAAGAAACAAACUUUCAGUUUUGACACGUUGUCAACACACAAGAAACAAACUUUCAGUUUUGACACGUUGUCAACACACAAGAAACAAACUUUCAGUUUUGACACGUUGUCAACACACAAGAAACAAACUUUCAGUUUUGACACGUUGUCAACACACAAGAAACAAACUUUCAGUUUUGACACGUUGUCAACACACAAGAAACAAACUUUCAGUUUUGACACGUUGUCAACACACAAGAAACAAACUUUCAGUUUUGACACGUUGUCAACACACAAGAAACAAACUUUCAGUUUUGACACGUUGUCAACACACAAGAAACAAACUUUCAGUUUUGACACGUUGUCAACACACAAGAAACAAACUUUCAGUUUUGACACGUUGUCAACACACAAGAAACAAACUUUCAGUUUUGACACGUUGUCAACACACAAGAAACAAACUUUCAGUUUUGACACGUUGUCAACACACAAGAAACAAACUUUCAGUUUUGACACGUUGUCAACACACAAGAAACAAACUUUCAGUUUUGACACGUUGUCAACACACAAGAAACAAACUUUCAGUUUUGACACGUUGUCAACACACAAGAAACAAACUUUCAGUUUUGACACGUUGUCAACACACAAGAAACAAACUUUCAGUUUUGACACGUUGUCAACACACAAGAAACAAGCAUUCAGUAUUGACACGUUGUCAAUACACAAGAAACAAGCAUUCAGUAUUGACACGUUGUCAACACACAACAAACAAGCAUUCAGUAUGGACACGUUGUCAACACACAACAAACAAGCAUUCAGUACUGACACGUUGUCAACACACAAGAAACAAGCAUUCAGUAUUGAUACGUUGUCAAUACACAAGAAACAAGCAUUCAGUAUUGACACGUUGUCAACACACAACAAACAAGCAUUCAGUUUUGACACACAAAGGUCUGCAGAAACGAAUAUAUAUACUAACAAAUAACAAAGUUUUUUUGUUUUUUUCUAAAGAAGUUAUACAAAAAAGAAGUUACACAAAAAAGAAGUUACACAAAAAAGAAGUUACACAAAAAAGAAGUUACACAAAAAAGAAGUUACACAAAAAAGAAGUUAUACAAAAAAGAAGUUAUACAAAAAAGAAGUUACACAAAAAAGAAGUUACACAAAAAAGAAGUUAUACAAAAAAGAAGUUAUACAAAAAAGAAGUUACACAAAAAAGAAGUUACACAAAAUAGAAGUUACACAAAAAAGAAGUUACACAAAAAAGAAGUUACACAAAAAAGAAGUUACACAAAAAAGAAGUUACACAAAAAAGAAGUUACACAAAAAAGAAGUUAUACAAAAAAGAAGUUACACAAAAAAGAAGUUACACAAAAAAGAAGUUAUACAAAAAAGAAGUUACACAAAAAAGAAGUUAUACAAAAAAGAAGUCACACAUAACGGACAAAAUUACCAAACAUGGACUCAGUUUUAUCUUUAAAAGUUACAGAGAGUUGCUAUAUGCAGGGCGGUGCCGAGGACAAUCGGCACCCGAGGUAAAGCAUGAAAAUGCCGCCCUUCCAUGUAUAGUAAGAAAAAAAAACUGUCGCCCGCGGUGGAGUAGUGAACUUUCUAAAGAGUAGCUCGGCACGGCAAUAAAUAUUAAAAUAUAUUAAGUAUGGUCAAGAUAUAGUAGGCAAUGUAGUAGGAUAUAGUUGGUGAUAUGAUCGAACAAUUGAGUCAUUAGAAACGUGCAAUUUAGGAGCUUGAAAAUUUUAGUAAUAGUAUUUUGACAAAAUGUUAGCAAAAUGCAGGGGAAAACAAAUGCUCACACUUUGCCACGCCCACCCCCCCCCCCCCCCCUUUUUUUUUUUUUUUUUUUGCGGACACCCAUGUAAGCAAGUAUUACGUUUUGUGUAUGCUACGUCAUCUAUAUUAAAUAGGUGUACAUGACACACGUGCAAUGUCAGCCCAUAUAUUCAUCAUGGCAUCCACAAUGGGACGCCAUCUUGUGCACACUUAUCAAACCCUUUAGGCCACAACUUUGUUCACUCCACACCUCUUUGGUUUCCGCACGGGAACUGUUUUCGAACCCAUAUGAGCUUUAACUAUGUAUAGUGUUUGAUAAAUAUAGCCGAACUAUAAAGUAAGAAAUAACUCCUAUAAACUAGUGGUGAUAACACAAGGACCGCAUCCAUUCUUUGUAAUGGCUUCUCAUUUAAUCAUUAUUAUCAUAUAUCCAUAUGUAUAUUUAUUUUAUUUUUUACUAUAUUUUUUAAAUAGCAAAAUUAUAUUUAUUUUCAAAUUGCUUUUUCAAAUAUAAAAUAUUUAUUACAAUGCGGGGAUACAUUGGCUUAAAGGUAUUUGCUUCAAGCUGUGAUUAGCCAGGCUAAUUUGUGUUGCAUUGAGUGGGGCUUCGUGGAAUAGUGUAGUUAGGUACAGUGGCCUAAUGGUACAGCCCAUUCAGUGUUUUGCUGAAUUCAUUUCAUUAAUCCAAAUUAAUUAAUUUUGAUGAUUACGUCAAAAAAUGUAUCUCUUAUUUGGUAUCGAAUUUUUUUUUAAAUCUAAAAAAUAAAAUGACCAGAGAUGCAUUCACAACAGGUUCGUUUCAAAGUAGCUCGAAUCUUUCCAAAUUUGAUGGGUUCCUAAUUAACAUUUGAAAGUUAAAACUGCGGGAAAAUUCAAUUUAGGCUUGCAGUAAUGUAGAACCACUGACAUAGGUUAGUGUUUUGUGACCCCAAAAAAAGCAUCCCUUUCAAAUUAGAUUAAUUCGUUUAUUACAUGUAUAUAUGCACGACGAGUUGAUCUAGGUCAUAGUUGUAUUGUGUGUGUAGCUGUGUAGUUCUGAUUUAUUUAAUUUUUUAUUUCAACGCACAUCAGCAAAACCUGCACGUGUGUGUCAAUUAUUAUUUUAUUUUUUAAAAUUAUGUUACUUUUUUUUUCAGUUUUUUACGAGUUCUUAAAUGACGUUUUUGAUGUCUUUAUCCGGCGAUUAGAUGUUUAGUUAGUUACUGAUGUUGCUCCACUGCAGGUUACAUAUUUAGUAACACUGCAAAUGUGCUUUCCCUUUGCAAGGCUGUGGCCCAUGCGGGGCUAACAGUUAACAGUACUUGAGCUUAAACUGUUGUCGCAACGUGUAGAGCAUUCGCGCUGUAGGACAGUUGUGUUGCAGGACAAUCAGGUUGUAGGAAAGUUGGGAUUUAAGACAGUCAGUUUCUAGGAAAGUUGGUUUUUGUGAAUGUUGGGUUGUAGGACAGCAGGUUGUAGGAAAGUUGGGAUGUAAGACAGUCAGUUUCUAGGAAAGUCGGUUUUUGUAAAUGUAGGGUUGUAGGACAGCAGGUUGUAGGAAAGUUGGGAUGUAAGACAGUCAGUUUCUAGGAAAAUCGGUUUUUGUGAAUGUUGGGUUGUAGGACAGCAGGUUACACUGGUGGGCUAUUAAUAGUAUAAAUAUUCUUUUUUUUUUUUUUAAAGUGUUAAACGCUUGUUUCUUUAUCCUUUUAUGUUUCUGCAACGUCACGAUUUCCAGACUUUUGUCUUACCGCGACUUCUACCAAACUAUGCAGGUUACACUGGUGGGCUAUUAAUAGUAUAAAUAUUCUUUUUUUUUUUUUUAAAGUGUUAAACGCUUGUUUCUUUAUCCUUGUAUGUGUCUGCAACGUCACGAUUUCCAGACUUGUGUCUUACCGCGACUGCUACCAAACUACACGUGUAAGCAGAGUUCUAUAACGGUUGCAAAUCCGAAAUGGCGAUCCUUACUUCCCUGGACACCUUUUUAAUUUGUUGAUUUAAGAAAAAAAAAGAGAUUAUAUUUUUAACUUUUUAAGAUAUGUAUGGGCGCAUUUCUGUGUUAUUGAAAAGUUCCCAUUUUGUGAUAACCUAUCCUCCUCCCCUGAGAUGUAAACAAAUGGUUACCGGAAAUUUGAUCGAAAGAAAUUUCGUCGACAGUAAAUUGAUCGACGGAAAAUUGAUCGAACGGAAAUUAGGUCGAACCUUUUUUUCAGGUCACACGUUAAAAUUUUUCGUCAAACUUCUAUUUGAUUGCAUUAUUUUGUUCUACUAUAUAGUAAAGUGCGUUCAAAAAGAAAUUUGACGAAAAAUUUUAACGUGUGAACUGAAAAAAAGAUUCGACCAUUUUUCCGUUCGAUAAAAUUACCGUCGAUCAAUUUACCGUCGACGAAAUUUCUUUCGAUCAAAGUUCCUGAUACAGUAAACAAAUACAUGUAAAUAUUUGGUGCCCCCAUUGUACUUGGGUCUGGAUACGCCCCUAUAACCUUAUAACUUUUGUCUCUUUGUGCGACACUCUUUUUGUUUUGUUUUUUGGUCACAUUCUGACAGAGAACAAAUAAGGACAGUAAAGUUAUCAACAGUCACUGUUUCCGUGAAUCUUUGUGUCUAGUUAGUUAAUUUUAACAACAGUUUUGUGUAAAGUUUUUUUUUUUUCAUUUAAUAAAUGUUAACACGAUAAAUUAUUUUCAGUGUAUUCAGCUUAGUGUUCUGUUUUGACUUAUCCCUUCACAAAGCAAGUAUUUGUAAACUAAAGAAAACUGUGUUUAACUGCCAACUUAAGAGAACCAAAUCAAAUCGGCCUUCGAAUUAACGGCACCUUAGUAACAUAAUUUAUUAUUAACGUUCUAAAAGGUCGAAUAAAUUAUUUGAAACAUCAAAAGCAGGUGCCAAAAUAACUCUAAAUGGCAUUUAACAAACUGGUCCAUAGAUCAAAUGUUGUCUCUUUGUUUUUCUACUUUGUGAUUUAUUUUAAAAAUUAACUGAUAAAUUCACACUGUAUAAACUCCAUAUUUUCCAAGAUGGCAACCAGGAUCGACGCUUCUCAGUAGAUUCCGCCAACGGACAGGUUUACGUCGGAGAUUUCUUGAACUAUGAAAAAGUCAAAACUUAUUCCUUACAGAUCAAAGUAGUGAAUGUGAAUAACUUAGUGGUGGAUUAUAAAACUCUAACUGUCAGCGUUACCGAUGUCAAUGACAACGCUCCAGUAAGUACUUUUCAAAGCUUACAUUUGUAGCGAUAGUUUUUUUAAAUUAUUUGUUCACAGCACAGACGCGAAAUGUUUUGGUCUCGUUCACUGCGUGUACUACCGGUAUUUCCGCACCAGUGGGCUUUGCGCAGCCUUAGUUAAAGGUUGCCAAAGUGGUGUUUUUGCUCGUUUUUUUUUAUUUUUUUGCUUUUGGUGCACAGAUGUGUCGCACGUUUAGUUUUGGGGAGUCAGGCCAACAUAACCCUUUUUAACUUCAAUGUAACUAUUUGUUGUUGUUUUUUUUUAAAUCACAAUAAUGUUUCAGUAGCUACUUGAUAGCUGAACAGAGAUACAAAACUACGGGGUCUUUAAUUAACAAACAUCUAUAUAUAAAAUUUGCCAGCAAAGGGCAAACACCACCACGCAGGCUAUAUAUAGAUACGCCAGAAUGUGAUUAAAUAAUGAAUUUACUAGCACGCAAAAUAUAAUUCCCAAUAACUACGCAAAAUGAUGAUAAAUAUCUUUUUUUAAUAACGCAAUAGCGUUUGAUGCGUAAUAUUUUCUUUUCGGAAAUGAAAUCGUCUCAAUUUAAGUAUUGUGUAAAAAAAUGUUCGUUUUAAAAGUGGUUGGGACAUGAGAAUAUUAAUAGAGUUCAUGGGCGUGAAAUAAAUAGUGUACAGUGACGUAUCAUGAAAAAAAAAAAGGGGGGGGAGGGGUGUAGCAAAAUUGGGAUUCUUAAAUGUGCGUUACUUGAGUUCAUGUUUUUGUCAAGUAACUUUAGUAGAUGGGAAGUUCACGCAUUGCUGUCGUCAAUGUUUGGCGGACUCCAUCUAGUUUAAAAUAAAAAUAGGUUUGCCCUCUGCUCGCGCGUAGGCGAGAACAAGGCAAAAACACGAUACUCAAACUUACCCUAGAAAUGACGACGUAACACUGAAUUAGUUGGCGUAUGCCUGUGUACUUGAGUCUUUGCAUGUGGGUGUACGCUCGUGCGUAGGUGUAUGUGCGUUUGUGUGUACAAGUGUAUGUGUGUUUCUAAGUGUGUGUGUGUAUGUAUGUGUGCAUGUUUGAUCGCGCGUGAAUAUUUGCGCGCGCGUGUGUGUGUAUAUGCACGGGUGUGUUUGUGUGUGUGAGUGUAUGGGUAUGUGUCUGUGUGAGUGUAUGGGUCUGUGUCUGUGUGAGUGUAUGGGUAUUGUAACACAUAUGCUCUGACAUCAUUGUAACUUAGUGGGUUAUGUCAGUAGAAUGGUCACUUGUUUUAUGUUAAUAAUUCAGGAUGCCGGCUAAGACUUCUUCAUUCUCCCACUUAUCUUCUUCUUCUAUAUCUUAAGGGCCCACGAUCAAUUUAUUGAUCAUUUUGGCUCCUAUGCAUGUAGAUGGGAUUUGCCAUGUUUCUGUUACUGGUGGUGAUGAGGAAAUUAUGCACUAGGGGUUUGAAGGCUUGAGGCAAUAGACACAAAUGUGUCUAGUGUUGUCACCUCAACCGUUCCUUUUAAAAGAUUGUUCCCGUCCCUGAUUGUCUUGGGCAGGAAUGAGCAGCUCCUAUACUGGCUUCUUGCUGGUAUGAGCCUGAAUUGCCUGUCAUGGCCUCGUCGCUGUCUAUGGGGGAGAGGGACGAGUUUCUGUUUAAUACUGGAACAGUGGACCAGCCCAUUAUUUAUCUUGUACAUCAUGGAGAGCCUGGAUUGUCGUCGUCGUUUCUCCAAUGGUGACCAGCCUAGUGUUUCUAGCAUGCUGCCAACACUAGAGGUAUUCCUGUAGCGGUUUAGGACAAAGCGUGCUGCUCGUCGCUGGACCGCCUCCAACCUGUCAAUGCUCUUCUGGGUAAAUGGGUCCCAGACUGAAGAUGCAUAAUCUAAAAUCGGACGGAUAAAGGCUUUAUAUGCUCUUUCUUUCACACAGGAGUUGCCAAUCUUUAGAUUUCGCCUUAAGAACCCCAAGGCUUGGUUUGCUUGGUUACAUACAUUGUUAAUAUGCUCGUCCCAGCGGACCUCUCUUUGAAUGGUAACACCCAGGUACUUUACGGAGGAAACUUGCUCAAGAAUAUGGCCGUGCAGUUUGUAUUGGUAGUGUAGAGGAGUACAACUUCUAGAGAUUGAUAGUGUCUGGCACUUGGCAGGGUGAAAUUCCAUGUCCCAGCUCAUCUCCCACUCAGCUAACAGAUUGAGAUCCUGUUGUAGCUGGUCCUGGUCAGAUCUGUUGGCGAUCGUCCUAUACACUGCUGUGUCAUCUGCAAACAGUCUUGCCUGUGAUGUCAGUUUCUCCGGUAGGUCAUUAAUGUAUGCUAGGAACAAACAGGGGCCCAGGACUGAUCCCUGGGGGACCCCUGACUUCACAUUGACAAAGGAGGAGCUUGUACCGCCCACCACUACUGCUUGGCGUCGGUGGCUGAGGAAGCUAGAGAUCCAUGUUUUAGUGGUGCCUUGAAUCCCAUAUAUCUGGAGUUUGUGUAGAAGCAAACUAUGAUUCACCCGGUCAAAUGCUUUUGCGAAGUCCAUUACUAGCACGUCAGUCUGCUUGUGGUUCUCCAGAUUGGUCAUCAAGUCUUCUACAAAUUCGAGAAGCUGGGUCUCACAUGACCUAUUGACUCGGAAGCCAUGUUGACAGUCAUUGAGUAUAUUUUGGCUUUCAAGAUGCUUCAUGACAGAGCUUACGAUUAUGUGCUCCAACAGUUUGCAGACGACGCUAGUGAGGGAUAUCGGACGAUAGUUGGCAGGGUCGGAAUGCUCCCCUUUCUUGUAAAUUGGAGUGACAUGCGCUGUUCUCCAGUCUGCUGGAACAUUUCCUGUGCAUAGUGACGAUUGGAAGAGGAUUGUCAGUGCAGGAGCGAUUUCUUUGGCUAAUUCUUUGAGCACUCGUGGUUUAAUGUGGUCAGGACCACAUGCUUUGUAAGGAUUAAUGGUAUUGAGGAGGGCAAACACACCUUGUUCUGAUAUCUGGAUAUCUCCCAUGAUAGGAUAGGCUCUGUUCAUCAUUUUGGUUUUCAGAAGGAACUCAGUCUCAGAGUACUCUCUACCGUCACCAAAGACCGACUGGAACUGCUGAUUGAGUAUCUCCGCCUGUGCUUUUGGGUCAGAUGUCAAUUGGCCAUCCCACCUCAAGGGGGAAACUCCAGCGUUUGAGGACUUUUGGUGUUUCACAUAGCUCCAGAAGCGCUUGUUCUUGACAUCUUUGGUCGGGGUGUCUUCCUCUGAGAAGAUGCCGUUCAUGUAGUUCCAAUACGAUCUACGCAAUAAGCGUUGAAUGGUUCGGCGGAGUCUCAGUACCUCCUCUCUCAGUUCAAUCGAGCCAUUUUUCUUCAUGCGUUUGUAUUGGCGGUCUCUCCUGUGGAUGAGCCUACGGAUUUCAGCCGUGACCCAUGGCUGAUUUAUCCUAGGUUUGGUGAUUUGGUGUGGUAUAAAUUUCUUCACUGCAUCAGUGAUUGUAGUCUUGAACUUCACCCACAGCUCGUCUGUUGUCGCUGUACCUUGAAUCCCCUUCAUGUUUGAGCUUAGCACUGUGGUUGCAAUCCUUAGGCCAUCCCAGUCUGCCUUGGCAUAAAUUGGGAUUUCUCGAAUGAUUUGUUUCAUUUUUAUUGUGUUGACCUGAAAUUCACACUUAUUAUCCAGGCACGCAAAGAAAGGAUACUGAAUUCUGAUUAAACUUACAGUACUUUAUUGAAUCACACUUUACACUGAUACUAUUAAUAAUAAUCCUUGCAUGAAUGUAAUCAUUUCACAUAUAUAUAUAUAAUAUUCCACCACUCAGAAAGACACGUCCUCACUUUACUAUAACUCAGCUCAACUCUACAAUAACUCAGCUCUCACUCUCUCUACUGCUCUGCGCCCACUAUAUCAAUCAACUGCCCCUUUUAUUACCAGCAAAGCGUGGAAAACGCCCGCUUUGCAAAAAACAUAAUUUACUCUCCAAAAAACGUGGAGCUCACUUUUUCCUCUCAAAAAUACAAUCCACUCUCUCUCUCGUGGAAAAACAUGGUCAACACAAUUCACUGUUCACUCAUGCUACCUCUCUGUUUUCUUGUCUGUUUGAGUGUAUGGGUAAGUGUCUGUGUGAGUUUAUGGGUAUGUGUCUGUGUGAGUGUAUGGGUAUGUGUCUGUGUGAGUGUAUGGGUAUGUGUCUGUUUGAGUGUAUGGGUAUGUGUCUGUGUGAGUGUAUGGGUAUGUGUCUGUUUGAGUGUAUGGGUAUGUGUCUGUGUGAGUUUAUGGGUAUGUGCCUGUGUGAGUGUAAGGUUAUGUGUCUGUGUGAGUGUAUGGGUAUGUGUCUGUGUGAGUGUAUGGGUAUGUGUCUGUGUGAGUGUAUGGGUAUGUGUCUGUUUGAGUGUAUGGGUAUGUGUCUGUGUGAGUGUAUGGGUAUGUGUCUGUGUGAGUGUAUGGGUAUGUGUCUGUUUUGAGUGUAUGGGUAUGUGUCUGUUUGAGUGUAUGGGUAUAUGUCUGUGUGAGUGGAUGGGUAUGUGUCUGUUUUUGAGUGGAUGGGUAUGUGUCUGUGUCAGACAAAGUAUGCAUGCAUGUCGGUGUGUAUGUGUGCGUGUGUAUUUUUUGAUCGCGUUAGAUGAUUUGUGUGUGUGUGUGUUGUUUCCUGUGUGUCUUUCGUUUGCUGUGUGAGUGUGUGUCGUUUGCUGUGUGUGUGUCGUUUGCUGUGUGUGUGUCUCGUUUGCUGUGUGUGUGUCGUUUGCUGUGUGUGUGUCUCGUUUGCUGUGUAUGUGUCUUUUUGUGUGUGUGUGUGUCGUUUCCUGUGUUUGUGUCGUUUGCUGUGUGUGUGUAGGUGCGGGAUUUUGGGUGAAUUUUAAGGCUGUGUGUGUAUGUGUUUGUAUGCGCGUCCACACAUGUGUCAUCGUGUGUGUGUGCUUGUGUAUUUGCGUGUGUUUGUGCGUGUGUGGCCAUGUGUGUGUGAGUGUUUGCCUUUGUGUCUAUGCGUGUGUGACAUUGCGAGAGUGCGUGCCCGCGUACGGGUGUUUGUGUGUGUAGUCGUGUAUGUUGCAUGCGUUUAUAUGUGUUCUGUGUGACGCGCGUUUGUGUUCGCAUGUGUGUGUUUGUGUUUAAGAAUGUACCAUGUGUGUUUGGGUUCGUUUUUGGGGGGUGUGUGUGUAUGAAUAUGCAUUCGUGUUUGCGUGUAUGUUUGCGUGUGUGUUUUGUUUCUAGCCUGCGUCUUUGUAUGUUAGAUUGUGUGUAUCUGUGUGUGUGGGUGGUUGCGUGAUAUUUUGUGUGCGUGUAUGGGUGUGCUUGUGUGUCGGUGUGUGCGUGCCUAUGUAUGUGUAUGUGUGCGUGGUUGCGUGUGUGCCUGUGUGUUUGUCUACGUGUGUGUAUUUUUUUGUGUACGUGGUUUUUGUAAACUUUAAUUAGACAUAUAAAUAUCUUGUUUAGUCUCAUUUUAUUAUUUUAACAUAAAAUAUGUUAUCCCACAGGAAUGCCGUCCGUACAAUGUACUUGGUGAACUCAAAGAGAGCGAUGCCGCUGGAACUAAUUUUACCUCCCUUGCCUGCACAGAUGUUGACACAGGCAAUGGUGGUAAAGUGGAAUAUUUAGUCAUUGAAGGUGAGGCAGGAUAAGAUGAAGAGACAACAAUUCUUGUUUGGGUAUUCGUGGCUUUUAAUAAAAUAAAUUCCUCUGACUCAACCUGUUGUUUAAUGUGAACGAUGAGUAUAAAUAUUAUUAUCCUAAGGUUCCAGGGGCCAUUUUGGGCAUGUGCCCUUUGGCCAGAAGCUAUUUUGGGCAUGUGCCCUUCGGCCCGAAGCCAUUUUUGGGCAUGUGCCCUUCGGCCAGAAGCCAUUUUUGGGCAUGUUCCCUUCGACUAGAAGCCAUUUUGGGCAUGUACCGGUCGGUCAGAAGCCAUUUUGGGCAUGUGACCUUCAGCCCGAGGCCUUGGUGACGGAUUUACUCACUCUCUGCAGCUGAUGGUAGAUAGAAUGAAUGGCAGGGUAAUAGAAAAGGUGACGCUACAGUCCCAUCUGGAUGUCUGCGCAUUGAUUUUUUAAAAUCUUGUUUUAUGCAGUCAAGGUAGGAAUAAAGUUGUAGUGUCCUGUGUGCAUGAGAACGAUUAUGACAUGUAGAGUUCACCGAACAUUAGUUCUUUGGGAAUUCUGCUGCAUGGCAUUCUUACGACAUGCCCAGCCCAUCUGGCUUUUCCUUUUUGUAGGAGCGUGUGGAUUCAAUCAGCCCGUUUUAGGACCUCUGUAUCAGGAACUCUGUCUUGUCAUCUUAUGCCAGGAAGCUUUCGUACGCAACGUAGACAGAGAUGGCUUAGUUGCCUAGCAUAUUUACUGUACACUGUCCACGUCACGCUAGGAUAUAGGAGAGUUGUUAAUAGGAAUAUCCUAUAUACCUUCAGCUUAGUGAAAAGUCUGAGACCCCUUCGCUCCCAAACACUCAUGCGGAGCCCUCCAAAUGCAACAUUUGCUUUGGAAAUUUGGUUAUUGAUCUCAUCUUCUAUUGUUACUGACCAGGCGAGGGUGUUGCCCAAAUCUGUGAAUUUUUCUACUGCUUUGAGAUUCCGUUCAUAACCUGAUAUUUUAGGUUCUUCGUAAGCUCUGCCUUUCUUGCAACAUUUCUGUUUUUGUCGUAUGGAUGGCGAGGCCGUAGUAGUCGUAGGUCUUAGCAAAGCAUGUUGCAUUUUCAGUUCCGAGCUUGCACUUAGGACACAUUCAUCAGCAAACGAGAGGUCUCGAAUAACCGUUUCUUUAACUUCGUAAUGGCCUGCCGUAUCAAAAGAUUAAAUAGCUGUCCGUCAGUCGUGUAUCUUAUAGGAAUGCCGUCAUUAUUAUCAAUAAAAGCUUCGGUCAGCAUUGCUGAGAAUACCAUGCUAAAAAGUGUUUGGUCUAGAACACACCCUUAUUUUACGGCAUUGUCAAGGGUAUGAGAAUCACUGUUUUUAUUUGUAGAUCACUGUUAUGUUUGGUAAGGAAAAGAUGUAGUUAAGAGAUUUCAUGUGUAGCUUUAUCUAUUGUGUGAGAGUGUUGUGACGUAUUUGGGUAAGGGGAAAUGACGCGUUAGUUUUGUUGUUGUUAUGGUGGCUAGAUGGCGGAUAUACUAUAUUGACUGUUUGGACUUGUGUGUUGCUUAGCGUUUGGAUGGAACGAUUUGAUUAAUAAUCUUGAAUUAUAUAUCAACCAUAGUUAAUGAACUGUUGUUGAACAAACUCAUAUCUUGCAAAAAAUCGGUUCCUGUUUUGUUGCAUUAGUAGCUGUUGUUAUCUGAUAUACUGUCUCGUGGGAUCAAGUGAAAGACUUAGCACAGACAGGUAGACACUCAUCUCCAUGAGUGGAUGAACACAACACUUCAGGUUCAACUGGCAUUAGUUACAGGAAAAUCCACAGACUUUUGUCCAGAAUCUACCAGCAUGACCAUCAUAUCAUGGAGUUGACGAGCCAUUGUAAUAAAUCUAUUCGGGUUCUGGUAGUUUUCGUUGCUGCAUCCAUAUACUGGCAUCUGUGCAACGGUUGAGGGUAUGAUGUUGAUAUUCUAACAGCUCCUAGCUGAUGCCAGGGCUGCCUUGAAGCUUUCGACCGAUGUCGAGUUCACAGUGGCAUCGCCCAUGUGGUUCAAUGGUAUUAUUGUGCGUGGGAAGAAAAAUUGUUGAUACUGCACUGUGUUGUACCGAGUCACUUUGAAGCAUUUGCUGUUGUUUCUGGUGUAAUUGUUUAUGGGAAUGUCAGAGGUGAAGUCCGUGUUCAAUGAGCAUUUUGCUCUGAUCAGUCUACCCGGCUUCUGAGGGGUGAGGUACGUGCCUUCUGGGAUGGCCAGCACCAGUCCCAUGAUCACUUUAUAUAAGAAUAUCAGGCGGAGUCCCUCUCGUCUUUCUUGAAAAAAAGGGGGGGGGGUGUCAAAUCUUUUUAAGAGGCCAGUGACGAAGCCAGGAAGGUGGUGGAUUUGUAGUCUCGAGCGAUACAACCCACCACGUUACGUUGAAUUCACUCCAUCUUUCACCAUUACCUUCCAUAUUCCAUCUCUACUGCCUGUGUUAAAUGCUUUGGUCAUAUCAAUAAAGGUGAUGAACAGGUCAAUGUGUUCCUCUUGACAUUUUUACUGGCGUUGGCGUCCUGCCAUAUGAAUACAUGUCAUCUGAACAUUAGGCACCACUCACAUAAGCCUAACUUAUAACGUUAGGUGUUCGAUCACCGAGUGGUCUAAACUGAGUCAAUCCAAAAAGAAGCAACAUCACUAGCACCCCGGGUGGAUGGGACUCCAAUUAGCCAUGGACGGCAACUCAUCUAAGAAAAGGAAAAAAUUCUGACUUCAAACCCGGAGAUGGAGUCCCGUAGGCGGUAUGACAUUGACACAAUUAAACUUCCGGCAACUCAUGCGAUGCUACUGAUGCCAGCUGAAUAUCCACAUAUGAUUCACCGUUGGGUUCUCCAGGUACAUAGAGAGAGGUGAUUUUCUGUCUAGAGAACAAGCUUAUCCCAGGUCUUGCGAUUUCGGACGGACGGAAGCCAGAAUAGUUUAAUGAAUGUCAUUCUCGUCAGUGUGAACCUUCUCCUGAUUAGGAUCAUACCGUUUUAAUUUAAGAAAAUUGAAGGGGGAAAAAAAAGCUGCGAUUUGCCUUUUUGCUUCACUUCAAAAGAUCUUUUUAUAAUAUCUCAUUUUAUUACGGACAUCCUAAAGAUCUUACAGACUUUUAUGGACAGAUCAGUUUUAGCUCAAACGAUUACGGACUGUCCGUAAAUUUCAGACGAUCCAGAAUCACAGUUGAAGUUUUUAGAGACGUGUCUUGAAGCGUCUGAUCUACAAACCCCAAUACAAAUUCUUUCCUGAAGGAUUCUACAAGCGUAUGUUGAGCCUCGCCUCUAGAUUCACACUCAAACUGCCCCUUUCUUCUCCUAUUGUGACACUCUUCAAAAAUCAUAUUGAUGUUAGUUUUUUAUACCAUUUCUUUUGGAGCGGCCAUUGCUAAUGCAAAUCCUUAUCCUCUGCAUUUGUUAAAAAAAGCGGAAUAGACAUUGGAAAUGUACAAUUGCUAAAUAGUGUUGUAAAGCAAAGAAAGAUCUGCAAUGAGAACUUGUAAAAAAUCUCCAGCUUGUAGUUUGCAAGACAUGAGCUUCACUAUUCACUUAAGAAUCUACGCGCAAUAGAACUUGGAAUGAUAAAAUAAUAGUACAGGAGAAGGACAGAAUGAUCAUUGGAUCAUCGUGUACCUCCGAAUAUUGUGAUGACUUAAAAAACGAACUAUAUAUAGCCAAGGCCUGACAAUUUUCAUAAUAUAUGAUAUAAUAAGAGCUACGUGUGGAGCCGCAACAAACUUUCCACCCCAGGCGCCAGCCCUGACCAACCCCAAGACAACGUUUGUUCCGACACCACAGAUAGCAGCAGGCAGCACCGACACCACGGGGGCCCAACCAAAGUGACACGCUAUACCAGAUAAGGCCAUCACCAACAUUUGGGGCCAGAGCCAAAGAGAGCCAAUGAAAAGAGACUCACACGUUGACAAAACAUAAGUAGGCAUAAAAUGCUUCAUGUAUAAGUGGGCAUUAAAUGUAUCAUAUAGAAGUGGGCAUUAAAUGUAUCAUAUAAAAGUGGGCAUUAAAUGUAUCAUAUAUAAGUGGGCAUUAAAUGUAUCAUAUAUAAGUGGGAAUUAAAUUAUCAAAUUUAAGUAGGAAUUAAAUGUAUCAUAUAUAAGUGAGAAUUAAAUGUGUCAGAUAUAAGUGGGCAUUAAAUGUAUAAAACAUAAGUAGGCAUGAAAUGUAUCGUAUAAUAAUAAUAAUAAUAAUUAGUGGUCUGAUAUACCGCGGUACCCCGGCCUAGGGCUGGGCUCACCGCGCUGUACAUAAAAUUAUUAUCAAAAGAGACAUAAUCAUGACAUUAAAAUAAAAUACAUUUAUGAAAUAAAGAACAGCAUGUUACCAAUAUAUGUUAGUAGGCAUUAAAUGUAUCAAAUAUAAUUUAGCACUAAAUGUAUCAGAUGUUAGUGGCCAUGAAAUGUAUCAUAUAUUUGUGGGCAUUAAAUGUAUCAUAUAUAAGCGUUAAAUAUAUCAGACAUAAUUGGGAAUUAAAUGUAUCUGAUAUAAUUGGGCAUUAAAUGUAUCAUAUAUAAGUGGGCAUUUAAUGUAUUAGAUGUAUUAGAUAUAAGUGGGCAUUAAAGGUAUAAAUAUAAAUGUGCACUAAAUGUAUCAAAUAUACUUGGGCAUUAAUUGUAUCAAAUAUAAUUGGGCAUUACAUGUAACUAUAUGUGGGCAUUGAAUGUAUGAAAUAUAAUUGGAUAUUAAAUGUAUCAAAUAUAAAUAAAAAUGUAUUAUUUCUCGGUCUCCAAUUCAUAAAAAUAUAAAACUGUCAAACAUAUAAAACUUCCACAUUUAUAAAUAAAACUGUCACACGCAUAAAACUGUAACAUAUAAAAGUGUCACAUAUAAAACUGUCACACAUUUAAAACUGUCACACAUUUAAAACUGUCACACAUUUUAAACUGUCACACAUUUAAAACUGUCACACAUUUAAAACUGUCACACAUUUAAAACUGUCACACAUUUAAAACUGUCACAUUUUUAAAUCUGUCACACAUUUAAAACUGUCACACAUUUAAAACUGUCACACUUAUAAAACUGUCACACAUUUAAAACUGUCACACAUUUCAAACUGUCACACAUUUCAAACUGUAACACAUUUAAAACUGUCAAACUUUUAAUACUGUCACACAUAUAAAACUGUCACAGUCACACAUAUAAAACUGUCACACAUUUAAAACUGUCACACAUUUCAAACUGUCACACAUUUCAAACUGUCACACAUUUAAAACUGUCACAUAUUUAAAACUGUCACACAUUUAAAACUGUCACACAUUUAAAACUGUCACACAUUUUAAACUGUCACACAUUUAAAACUGUCACAUAUUUAAAACUGUCACACAUGUAAAACUGUCACAUUUGUGAAACUGUCACACUUAUAAAAGCAUCCCUCGAAAACAUCAUAGGAUUGGAAACGUUUCCUAAGAACCCUUUCCACAUAGUAUAUACUAGAUGCUGGCCUCUAUAAAUAAAUACCUUGUUGCCCCAUGCUACGAAUAAACCACUUCAUGUCACUCCUUUCAGGUGAUACUGGCGUCAUUGCCGUAAACAGCACAACAGGUGUUGCCACCAUUAAACGAACUAUAGAUUACGAUACAGAAAAGAGAGACACCUACCAGGUCAUUGUCAAGGUCAGGGACCUGGGAACACCGUCACUUUCUGUCAAUGCGACAGUCCUGCUGUCUGUCAAGGAUGUUGAUGACCUGCUUCCACAGUUCUCACCGUCCACUGUCACUGGCUGUAAGUUGUCAGAUGUCAAUAAUUCUAACUUGUCAAAUACCAUGGGCCGUCAACAAUCAUCUUUUAAUUUGAAGUCUUUUUUCUUUCCUCUAACUUACACAGUCUUUACCAUUAAAGUUUUAUUUUCUUUCAAAACUCAAGUUAGCUACUUAAGUCUUCAUUUGAAACAAAACUUGUUUCUGAAACUGUAACAUUAAUUUACUAUGUUCAAGUUAUUUGUAACAUUAUUCUUGCAUCCUUUUGCCAUUAGCUGGACGUUAAAACCGUUGAUUAACACCCCCUCACCAUCUGUAACACCCUCUCACAACACACACUCCCCAUCUGUAACACCCUCUCACCAUCUGUAACACCCUCUCACAACACACACUCCCCAUCUGUAACACCCUCUCAAUAUCUGUAACACCCUCUCACAAUACAUUCUCACCAUCUGUAACACCCUCUCACCAUCUGUAACACCCUCUCACAACACACACUCCCCAUCUGUAACACCCUAUCAAUAUCUGUAACACCCUUUCACAAUACAUUCUCACCAUCUGUAACAUCCUCUCACAAUACAUUCUCACCAUCUGUAACAUCCUCUCACAAUACAUUCUCACCAUCUGUAACAUCCUCUCACAAUACAUUCUCACCAUCUGUAACAUCCUCUCACAAUACAUUCUCAACAUCUGUAACAUCCUCUCAAUGUCUGUAACACCCUCUCACAACACGCACUCACCAUCUGUAACACCCUCUCAAUAUCUGUAACACCCUCUCACAAUACAUUCUCACCAUCUGUAACAUUCUCUCAAUAUCUGUAACACCCUCUCAAAACACACACUCACCAUAUGUAACACCCUCUCACCAUCUGUAACGCCCUAUCACAACACCCUCUCACUAUCUGUAACACCUUCUUACGAUCUGUGGGUAUUAAUCUUGAAGUGACAUGUCCAGGCUGCUAGUGUAGUGGAUACAUGAGAUCUGCUUGUUAACACCAUGAAAAGAAUUCGUCACAGACAUGUCAAUUGGUGUCUUAACUUUUAUUUUUUUCAUUGUAACUAAGUUUAUUCAUGUGUUUUGAAUGUGACUAAGUUAAGUAAUCAAUGUAUUUGAUUGAGACUAAGUUAAGUAAUCAAUGUAUUUGAUUGAGACUAAGUUAAGUAAUCAAUGUAUUUGCUUGAGACUAAGUUAAGCUAUGUCUCAUGUAUUGACUCAGUUUGUUUGAUUGGAAUAUCAAAGAUAACUUAAAUCGUUUGGCAAAUUAAUAAUUUAUUGAAAUUUGUAUUACAUGUAAAUACUCUUUUAACAAAUAUUUAUAUGCACUAAUAUAUAUUCAACAUUUGUUAACGAUUACUCAUUAAAUUUCUUAAUCGAGUUACCAAUUCUUUUGACAACGAUUUACAUAGUCGAACAUCUUUCCCAAAUUCCGUAAGUAAUUACAAAUAAGUAGACGCAUGUUUCAAAUUAUUUUCAAAAAUAAAUUGUAUGCCCCGUUAGCGUUUAGAAUUCUUUUUAUUGCCAAGAUAAGCCUAAAUUGUUAAUAAAGUGGGUCUUUAUAUAACUUCUUGUGUCUAGUAGGUCCCUGUAUGGCUUGGCAUCAACCCACUAAUUUUUAUAGACACAUUCCUUCAGUACUUGCUGCUUCCUCUGAAGUCACACAUCUGAAUGAAAUCUAAUAAGUCCUCGAUUUUGCUAAGAGAACUCACUGAAUGGCAGUUUGAAAUAAUUUAUUAUCAAUGUGUUGUGUUCAAAUUGUUUUAUUUUUUAGCUGAAAAUGUAUAAUGCAAUCAAAAAACAUUUCCAUUUAUUUGGAUCAAUAAAAGAAUCUUAUCUUAUCUUAUCUUAUCUUAAAACGAUAACUUGAACUUUAAAACUCGACCGAUUUCAACAGUGAAACUCGUUCAUUGUUAACGUGGAUGGCUACGGCUCUAGCAUUUUUGAAACCGAUUCUUUCUCAGACACAUCAUAAAAGUUCUUCUAUAUCUUAAGGAUCAAUAUUAGAGACUGGAACCAUCUUUCAAAAGGAACAGUUGAGGUGACAACACUAGACACAUUUGUGUCUAUUGCCUCAAGCCUUCAAACCCCUAGUGCAUAAUUUCCUCAUCACCACCAGUAGCAGAAACAUUGCAAAUCCCUUCUACAUGCAUAGGAGCCAAAAUGAUCAAUAAAUUGAUCGUGGGCCCUUAAGAUAUAGAAGAAGAAGAAGAUUGGUCAUGCGGUCAAUCUUACUACAGUUGUAUCAAAUUAUAGAAGCAAGGGCUUGCGAUCGUCGAGCUGAUCUCAAAUUCAAUUUUUAGUUGCAUCAAGUUGCAUUUUCUAUUUAAAGAAAAAAAAAUGACAAAUGACAAGUUGUUAAGUUUUAAAAUAAUAGAUGAUUAACAUGAGUUGUGAAUAUUUUACUUAGACGUCUAACUAGGCCGGCGUAGACGUCUAACUAGUCCAGCGUAGACGUCUAAGUAGUCCAGAGAAGACGUCUGAACAGUCCAGAGUAGACGUGUAACUAGUCCAGAGUAGACGUGUAACUAGUCCAGAGUAGACGUCCAAACAGUCCAGAGUAGACGUCUAACUAGUCCAGAGUAGACGUCUAACUAGUCCAGAGUAGACGUCUAACUAGUCCAGAGUAGACGUCUAACUAGUCCAGAGUAGACGUCUAACUAGUCCAGAGUAGACGUCUAGCUAGUCCAGAGUAGACGUCUAACUAGUCCAGAGUAGACGUCCAAACAGUCCAGGGUAGACGUCUAACUAGUCCAAAGUAGACGUCUAACUAGUCCAGCGUAGACGUCUUACUAGGCCAGCAUAGAAUUUACAACUAAUAUUUCUAAUAAAUAAUCUACGAUUGAACAAAAUGAAUUCAUAUCAGUGAUCCGCACAUCUCGACAUAUCAUUGUACAUUAUGUAUUACAUUCAUGAUUACUUUGCCAGUCGUGCACAAUGUAUACAAUGUUUGUAACAUCUUUCCCUGGCGUACGACAGCCGUGUAUGAGAACGCCACUGUUGGGAGCACUGUUCUCACGUUGCAAGCAACAGACGGCGACGCCCCUGACACAUUCAACUCACUGGUUGUCUAUCAGUCUGAAGGGUGUAGCCCCGAUGUGUUCAUGGUUGACAGAUUUACAGGUCAGUUGGUUUAUGAAGCCCCUCUUUCUUAAAGUUGAAGCCUGCGGUCAAAAAGUUAAGAAUUACAUUUAAGGCUGCGGCUAUUGGAACCCGGGUCCCUUGAGACGAAAUGCUAUUCGGAUGUCGUUCGUGGUAGUUUACUUUAGUCAAACUGAAGAAGUAAGUUUAAAAACAUAUAUUCCAUUCAAUUAUCUUUCAUUUGAUACCACAUUUUGUCUUAAAAACUCAUCAAUAAUAUUUUAAAUAGUUUUUUUUAAUGAAAUCAACCUCUCACUCUUUUCCGGGGCCGAAUAGCCAGUUUGUAUAUUUAAACUAAAAUUUGUAAAUUAAAACAUUAACAGUUUCAUCGUGACUUGCACAACUUACUUCUAAUGGCGUAGUAUUUACACUUUACCUCAAAAUAUCAUUUGUAAUUAAUUUGCGUCCAUUCAUAACUUAUAUAUAUAUUUUUCAUGCAGAGUUUAUUGCCAAAAUACAUUAUAAGUGUUAUUAUGUAAAGACAGUUAUCUAAAUGCGUAAACGCCUCUGAAUAUGAGACAUUUUCUAAUUUUAAACAGGUUAACUUUAUCAUUAUUUCCUGCAGGUUAAGACAAAAAGUAUAGAACGUUAUUUUCUAUACUACAAUCUUUUAUAUCUUUAGAAAACUAAACGGCAAGUUUAAGGCCACUGGUGUCAGAUAAAGGGGCGCUCGCAAAUCACGUCACGCAAAAAAUUACCUUUUCAGACUCCCCCCCUCACAAAUUCUUUACCCCUCCCCCAUUUAGUGUCACGUCACACCUAAAAAAUUCAAAACAUCCAUAAAAUGUUCAUAACUUAACUAAGAUUUUAUUUUUUCCCAUAAUGGAUUAAGAUGUUCUAUUAUUAGAAAACUGUGACGUAAAACUCAAAACAACGAAGUCCUCCCCAAGCCGAAUGUAAAACAGUCAUUUUUCGAUAUGCGUAGACGGUGUGCGCAACUGAGUUUACGGAAAUUAUAAUACCUGAGACAAACUCGACCUCAAAUUAAUGGUUUUAAAUUUAAUUGAAUAGAGAUUUUUCAAAAUUACAAAAAGUAUAGAUUUUUUUUUUUAAAUAUUUUAAAAUUAAAAAGUUAAAACAAUUGUGACGUCACAAAGGUUCCCUCCCCCUUGCCACAAAGGGCAACUAAUUCGAGCGUGACGUAAUUUAAGAACGACCCCUAACUUAUGUUUAUUUUUCAAUAAAAGGGGCACUCCAAUUUUUUAACAGUGUUUCUCUAUCCACAGGAGCGUUAAUCGUAAAGACAGACUUGGACUAUGAGACCAAUCCAGUGAUCCGCUGUCACGUGACGGCCUACUCGUCCGACAAGAAAACGGCCAAAAACACAGCGUCCGUUGUGAUUACUGUAGGAGAUGUCAACGACAGGAUUCCCAUCUUCGACCAGGUCAGUCGGUGCACAUGCCACGUCACUUACUCUCGUAACUAAAUUUUUUCACAGUUGCGAUUGACAGUCGAUACGUUGUGGGCUCUAUCCGAUACGUUGUGGGUUCAAUCCGUGACCAUUUUAAUUCAGAUGUUCACAAUAUAAAAAAAACAUAAUAAAUAUCUACAUGGAUGUGAUUUCUCAGAUAUCCUGGAAUAUUCCGUUCUCAAUUCUCUUAAAUCAUUCAAUUCCUGUAAUAUAUUCACAAUACCUCAUUUCAAAUCAAAAUCAUUAGUUCAAAAUUUUUUGUACAAAAUCUUGAUCUAUAACCACAGUUAUAAUCAAACUGUUGCUCCCACGUGACCAAAUCCAAUACUCUGAUUGGUCAGUCUCCCCCCCCCCCGUUCCCGUCCCCCGGGGGCUCUAGUCGGCUUGCCCGUCUUAAAAAUGGCGUGUCGAUAAAGAGGCGUUUGCCACGAACCCCCUCAAACGUGACCCGGGGUACAGUAUCACCGUGAAGGGGACCUGCACUUGAAGGCAAAGGUAACGCACGGAGACUGCGUUAGAAAGAGCACGGCUGCAUGGCUUCCAAACAAAUUCAGUGGAAAAUAACGCAGAAAAGGGUCGGGGCAUGAUUACAGUUGUAGUACCGAUAUGAGGCGAAAGAACGUGGCGACCCUCGCCGAUGGUUUCAAAACAUGCAGUCGUUGAGGGUACUGGUGCUAGGCAACCUCUUUCUCUCCCAGCUGGGGUGUGAGUUAGUCACACUGCUCCCAGGCAACCUCUUUUUCUCUCCCACCUGGGUGAGAGUUAGUCACAUGGCAUAAAACCAUGUAAACUCUAUUAGAAGGCGUCUGUCAAACACCUACCAGUCCCCCAUGAGCGGGGAAGAGGGGACUUGCAGACGUAAAAUAUAUCAACCCCAGCCCCUAGAAAGUCAGGCCUGGCUGCUUUGUGUAAGAAGCACCCCGGCCGGCCAGGCGUUCCUACUCUGGUGCCGUCGCACUCGCAUAGUCAAUCGAGUGGAGGGGCGGUGAGUCUGUCUCAGGGACGAAAAGUUUCCAACGUGCCGCUUCGCGGCCCCACUGGAACAAAGACAACUGGGGGGAGUAGUUGAUGGCCAGUUGGGUUUAGCGGGGGAUGCGUUUGUGAAGACUUCAUGAGAUUCAGCUCAAUAGUCUACUCUGUUCUUCUAAAGUAGAUUAGAUUAGAUUGGUCAGUCUUUAUAUAUCGAAUUACUCUAUGUUACUAUGCAUGGGGAAUAUAGAGUGUUAACUAUAUAAAUUGUCUACAAUCAGUACUUCAUACGUCAUAAUAUGAUAAUGAUAUCUGUGAUGUAACACUAGAUUGCUGGGUUAAUUAUGUUACCAUAGAACAGUGGCGUAGCGAGGGUGUUUGGCGCCCGGGGACAAGAUUCGCGCCCGGGGACAAGAUCCAUUUUAGCGCCCCUUUUUCUUUUUUUCAACUCUCAAACCCAUUAUUUUCAUCAAUAAAAUGUUAUCAAAGCACAUUUUGGCGCCCCUAAAUAGCUUGCGCCCGGGGACAUCUGUCCCCCCUGCCCCCACCACGCUACGCCUCUGCCAUAGAAACUAAAUCACUUACAGAUUAACUAACUGUCUGCAGGAAAUCUACAAGGCUACAAUUACUGAGAACUCACCAAAGGGCACGCCCGUUGUCCUGGUCAAUGCUACGGACCCAGACGCUGGAACAGAUGGUCAAGUGCUCUAUUCUCUACAAGCCGAAGGUAAACUAUUCCUUAACUAAGCGACCGUCUAUAACGCAUAGGUUAAGGUAACUGUUACUAUCUGAUAUCUGAUAAGUUCUGCGCUUCAAUGUGUUACGAGAUUUUCUCCGAAGGACGUUCCGUGUGUGUCAAAUGUUUCGGUCUUUAUCAUUUCUGGCACCGCUGUCUUACUUCACUACCCACACAGCCAUGCUUGGCCCACACUUCACUACCCACACAGCCAUGCUUGGCCCACACUUCACCUCACACACACAGCCAUUCCUACAACGAUACUAAGCAUACUGACAAAAAGCAGAACUCCACAAAUUAGCCUUGCAUCAACCGACCAAUCACAGCUCGCACUCAGAAAACCUCUCACCAACUCACGGCCUACAACAUUCAUGAACAAACAAUCAGGAUCCCAAAACCAGUUCAUAACAGUACUUUUUAAUUUUACAUUAAUUCCCCCACUACUCUGUGGUGUGCAAUUACAUAUUGUAAUACGCGACAGACUCAUUAUCACAUAUUGUGAUAAGUGACAGUUAUUGUCCCAUAUUGUAUUAAGUGACAGAGUCAUUAAUCACAUAAUAUUGUAUUAAGUGACAGCAUCAUUAUCAGAUAUUGUAAUGAGUGACAGAAUCAUUAUCAGAUAUUCUAAUAAGUCACAGAGACAUUAUCAGAUGUUGUAAUCAGUGUUAUUAUUGUACAUGUAAACAUUAGCUGUAAUUUAUGAUUUUGUUGCCAACAUCAACCGUUUUGUUCAAAAAUUGAUAUAACACCGGUAACUCAACUGUUUUGUCCUAACAGGCAAUAGCUCCGGCAUAUUCACCAUUGAUGCGAGCACCGGCAACAUCACUGUGCUAGGUACAGUGGACUACGAGACGGCCACCUCUCACCUGCUCACUGUCUACGCUGAAGAUCAGGGCAAAGAUAUCAAAAAUAAAAACAGUGUCUUUGUGCAGGCCAGUCCUCAUUUCACUCCAUCUUUUCCCCCUCAAUCUCCCUCGCUCUCUUUCUCUCACUAAUCUCUGUCUACCCAUCUCUCUCUCUCUCUCUCUCUCUCUCUCUCUCUCUCUCUCUCUCUCUCUCUCUCUGUGUGUGUCUUUGUUUCUCCCUCUCACUGUCUUUUUCUCUCUAUCCCUUUCUCCCUCUCUCUCUCUCUCUCUCUUUCUCUCUUUCUCUCUUUCUCACUAUUUCUCUCUCUUCCUAUUUCUUUCACCACAUCUGCUUCUCUCGAGCUUAUGUCACAGUUCAAAAUGAAUAAAAUAAAGUAAAUAUUUCCUUUUAAGACCUAUUCAAUGUUUUCCUCUCAUGCCUUCUUCAAUGUUUUCCUCUCAUGGCUUCUUCAAUAUUUUCCUAUAAUGACCUAUUCAAUGUUGUCCUAUAAAUGACCUAUUCAUUGUUUACAUAUGACCUAGUCAAUGUUGUCCUGUAAUGAUCCAUUCAAUGUUUUUCAGGUGACCAUCAGACCAGUGAAUGAGUUCAAUCCACAGUUCAACGUCACUGAGUACACGUACAGUGUUGCAGAGGACAGUGUGCCAGGUAAGCUUAUAUAAGCAGUGUGUCAGGUAAGCUUAUAUAAGCAUUGUGUCAGGUAAGCUUAUAUAAGCAGUGUUUUAGUUAAGCUUAUAUAACCAGUGUGUCAGGUAAGCUUAUAUAAGCAGUGUGUCAGGUAUGCUGGUGUAAUCAGUAAGUCAGGUAAGCUGGUGUAAUUUGUGUAUCAGAUAAACUGGUGUAAGCAGUGUGUCAGGUAAGCUGGAGUAAGCAGUGUGUCAGGUGAGCUGGAGUAAGCAGUGUCAGGUACGCUGGUGAAAGCAGUGUGUCAGGUAAGCUGGUGUAAACGGUGUUUCAGGUAAGCUAGAGUAAGCGGUGUGUGAGGCAAGUUGAUGUAAACUGUGUGUCAGGUAAACUUGUGUAAUCAGUGUCAGGUAAACAGAUGUAAACUGUGUGUCAGGUAAGCUGGUGUAAACUGUGCCAUGUAAGCUGGUGUAGUGUGUAAGGUAAGCUGGUGUAAGUAGUGUGUCGGGCAAACUUGUGUAAACUUGAAUACUAUUACUGUCAUGGAUUAUAUAAUCGGUGACGUAGCUAGGGUUGGUGCAGCCCGGGGCGGCGCAAACAUUUUGUCACACCCCCACCACCAUGAAAAAAUUCCGUCGCUCAAAAUAAUAGAACAAUGAACCACUUCCGGUGUAGGCCCCACUCCCCCCCACCCCCCCCACAUCCGCACCUUCUCCUCUUCCUGUGUAGUUGGACACAAUCGGCGUCUUUUCAUUCGAGUCAAUGACCCACACACACGCACGCACGCACACACACUGAUAAAAGAGUGGUGACGUCACAAGAUUUUUAAAAAAUUUAAUCUUUAAUUUUAAAAAAAAAAAAAUUUAAAACACAAGGUCACGUGAUUCAUAUUUCAAAUACAAUGCUAUAAAUAUAUUAUUGUGUGAGACGUUACAAAAUUAUUUCAUAAUUAAAGGGCAGUAAUCGAACUAAUGCUUGGAUUUCGUUAGCAAUUUAAUUGUUUCCCUGGAUUCGAAUAAUUACUUUUCUAAAGAAAUAAAUUCUCAUUUAGACUCGCAUCUGCCCUCGGGAAUGUCCGCUUAGAUAACCCCCCAUACAUUGGUCGGUGAACAUUGGAUAGAAUUGUCAACAUCGUAAAUAUCUGUUUAACCUGGCCAUACACUAAAAAUAGUUUCAAAACAUUUCGUAACAAAAUAAAAAUUGUAUAAAUUUUAUACGCGACUAGCAGUUCAUAAGUUAAUAUUAUUAUUAAAUUACAUUAGAUUGUUUAACCAGCCGGCGUCAUCUUGUUUCUUAUAAAUCCAUACUCUGUAGUUGUUUAAAGGUUUUAUUUUUUUUUAAUUAUUAUUUAUAUUCACGUCGAUUUUUAAGCCAUUUUGUCUUAACAAUUGGACACUUUUGUAAACGGUUGAGAACCUCCGUCCUGUUAAACGUGCAUGUUGGUUAAAAUGUUAUUCCCAAAAUUGAAACAGACAAUGCAAUGCUUUCAAUUUCAAUUUAAUUUUUUUGUAUUAAAUCAUAAGCUCUUCGAGUAAUAUCUAAGACGAAACAAAUAAGUAUUUUCAACAAACAAAAAACAAAAAAAAACCAAGAUUCUGUGCAAACAACAGAUCCAUUUGUUGUUUGGUUAUUAUGUUUUUGUUUUUUGGGAGUUGGCUUUUUUUUAUAUUACGAGAAUGACUAAGCCAUUGACCAGUGUUUCCCAAAUUUUUUACAUCUGUGUUCCCCUGUCUAUAGUUUUCGUAACACUGAGUACCUCUUGCUAAAAUUUUAAAAAAUGCAUAUACUUUAAUAACAAUUAAAAAAAAAAAAAAAUUUCCUGUGCAGCGCGUACCCCCAUCAGACUCUUGCCCAGGGGUACGCGUACCACACUUUGGGAAACACUUCCAUAGUCCCAACCAUUCUUAAUGUAGUGACCUCUAAGUACAAUUUUUGCGACUUUUAUUUCAGGCACGUCAGUAUUCACUGCCUACGCGUUUGAUCAGGACGUCGGCCUAGACGGUGCCCUGCGCUUUAACAUCACAACCAUCGACAGCCCGGUGCCCUUCUUAGUGGACAGUGCAGGUACGCCAGCCAGGGCUACUGUGCACCUUCAAUAUAGGCACCUUGUGUUGGGAUACAUCUAAGGAUGCGUCAAAAAUAGGAGCCAGAAUGAUCAAUACAUUGAUCGUGGGGCCUAAAAAUAUACAAGAAAUAUAGAAGAAGAAUAUAUGUGGCUUUUGUAUAAAUAAGAAUCUAUUCCAUAUCAAUCAUGUUUUAAAUUAAUAAGUGUGUCUCAUAAGAACACAGAUCUGCCUGUUUAAGAGAUGUAUUACGUGAUAUUACGUUCGAAAAUCUUUUUGAGGUUAAUUAGUAAAACACACAGAAAAUAAAGGGCAAAAGAAGGGGAGGACAGCAUUAAAGAGACAAACUAAGUGAAGAGUAGCGUCCCUCUAAGCAUGUCAUUGCCCGUCCUUACGUUAUGCUCAGCUGUACUGUUGUUGCUAACAUAACGGCUGACUCAUUUCAUUGUCCCGCAGGUGUCGUAAGAGUCAGAUUGACUCUUGAUUACGAGAAAGACAAAACAUACAGCUUUAAUGUGUUUGCCAUUGACAACUCGACCACCGCAGAGAGAUCCAAUAAGGUAAGUGUGGUGAUUUACGCGCGGCAAACUGACCCCUAAAGAUGGACGUUUGCUGGACUCUCACUAAACUCUUGCUCCUCUCUGUUAACUCUCACUAAACUCUGGUCUAUCUAUGUCAGUGGGUCUCAACUUUCCCGAUGCUGCGACACUUUAAUACAGGUCCUCAUGUUGUGGUGACCCCCAACCAUAAAAUUAUUGUGUUGCCAUUUAAUAAAUAUGUGUUUUCCGAUGGUCUUAGGCGACCCCUGUGUAAGGGUCGUUCGACACCCAUAGGUGUCGCGACCCACAGGUUGAGAACCCCAGCUCUAUGUCAUUAAGAAGAAAGGGUUUAUCACAUGUCUCUAUAAAAUAGUAGCAAUUAAGUAUUAGUUUUUAAUGUUUGGUAGUUGUACAGCUAACGUGUACUCUAAUUUAUUUUAUCAUUGAAGUAACCUACUUUUUUUUUAAAUUCUAAACACAAAGUCAAAGUUUACAAUAAACAUUGUGGACGUGAAUGACGCGCCGGUCAUCUGUGAUCAAGUGUCCACUCAAGUGGUCAAGUAUCCCUUCACAAUCGGCGCGGCGAUCACUACCAUCAACUGCAAGGAUAAUGACUUAGCUACCACGGGAACUCUGAACUACGGUCUUAGUGGAGGGAAUGACAAUGGUAUAUUCCAGGUAGGCAUAUUUUACAUUAUGUCAUUUUCUGUUACUGAGCCUUACAAAGACAGCUAGCUAUGUGUGUAGUAGACAGCUAGCUGUGUGUGUAGUAGACAGCUAGCAAUGUGUGUGCAGUAGACAGCUAGCAAUGUUUGUAGUAGGCUAGACAGCUCCAUUCAUUUUCUUUUUCCGCCUUUAUUUUUAUGUAUUGAUAUUUACCACUACACUAGACUAGUAUGUGCUUUACAAUUUAAUUGGUUUACCUAUUUUAUCUUACACUACACUAUGACUUCUCAGGUUAAGAAUGGCACCGGAGCUCUGAGCCUGCUCGCCAUCUCUACGUCCAAUCAGUACAACCUCCAGGUGUCUGUUUACGACAAAGACACCACGACGGUCAGCUUCGCUGUCCUAGCAGAGACAGAACUUAAGUUCACCAGUGCGUCCACCAUCCUCGGCGUCGUCGAGAACACGUCCGGCUUUCUGCUGACCACGGUCGCCGCCUGCUGCGCCUUCCCCAAGGUCACCUACUCCGUCAAGACCGGAAACGAAGACAACAAGGUCACCUUGUACUCCACAUCCGGUUUGAUGUGGCUCAUGGUUGGGUACGACAGGGAAGAGACGCCCAAGCACGAGUACAUCAUCCUGGCCGUCUCGGACAGUGGUCAGACGGCCACUCAAACGCUGACCAUUAACGUCGAGGAUGUCAACGAUAAUGCGCCGGUUUUCGAUUCUAAUCUUUACGUGUAUAAAAUUGACGAAAGUCUGGCUGUACCGGAGACCAUUGCGACACUCACGGCUACAGAUAAGGAUGCUGGACUGAACGCAACGCUGACUUACUCGCUCAACGACACAACUACGUUUCAAAUCAACGGUGACGGCACGUUAAUCUUAAAAGCCAGCCUCGACUACGAGACAAAGAAUGUGUACACAGUUGUACUCACCGCCACGGAUGGAGGCAACCCUCCUUUAACAGGGACAACGCUUGUCAUCGUAAACGUGCAAAAUAAGGACGAGUCCAGCCCCGUCCUGGUGAAACCGCCCAGCCCCUACUCCGCAACGCUCAGCGAAGACUCGGCUCUGGGCGCCACUGUGUUCAUCGUCCAGGCUACCGACGCGGACGCGGGCACGACCUUUCGAUACUCGAUUACCACGGGUAACAUCAACGACGACUUCAGGAUCGACCCGUCGUCCGGCAACAUCACUGUCGGGAAAUUUCUGGACCGUGAAAGGACUGACACCUACCCACUGACGGUGACCGCCGUCAACCAGAACAACGCGUCCGUCAGCGGAACGUUGACCAUCACGAUUUCAGACAUCAACGACAACAACCCCGAGUUCUCACAAAACGUUUACGUUUUCUACGUCGAAAAUAACGUCGCAAGUGGAACGUCCGUCGGUACGGUCGCUGUAACUGAUCGCGAUGCUGGAGACAACGCCAGCGUGACGCUGACUCUUACAAGUCAAAGCCCGAGUGACGCAUUCACCUUGUCUGGAUCUACGCUGUCCACAACGGUGGUGAUGGCCUACCCGUCCGUCAGGUACUACCGGAUGGUUGUGGUGGCCACGGAUAAAGGCAGUCCACCGAGAAGCACCAGUUGCGUGGUGGUGGUCAACGUUUCCCCAAGUUUUCCCAAAUUUAACACCACGACCGACACAAUCUCCAUCCCUGAGAAUCAGAGCAUCGGCUUCCAAAUCUACGACCUCAACGCCACGGCUCUUGGUGUGCAGGAACUUGGCGUCAUGAAAUAUGCUAUACAAUCAGGAGUCGGCAGUCAGGAUUUUCUCGUUCGGCAAACGACGGGACAGAUUAUUAUAAAAAACAGCCUUAAUUACGAGACUCAAAAUUCUUACAUUUUAGUUAUCAGUGCAUAUAAUCCAGAUAGCAGUCAAGAUUCUUUCACACUUAACAUCAAUGUGCUCAACAUUAACGAAUUCGCACCGAUCUUCCUUGCGCAGAACUUGUCAGCGGAACAGGAAACGUUCAAAUUCCUUGUUAGUGAAACGGCCCCGUCCAGAACUGUUGUUGGCGCGGUGUCCGCCAGAGACGAGGACGCUGGUGAGUUCGGUAACGUUACACACACCCUCAUCGGGGGCCAACCUGUUUUCCAAAUUGACUCAAAGACGGGUGUGAUUACCUUAAACGCCGCCCUAGAUUACCUCGUGAAGAGCUACUACAGUUUUGUCGUCAAUGCUAAAGAUGGCGGAAGUCCGCCCAAGUCCGCCAAUGCUUCCGUCGUUAUCGAACUUAUAGACGAAAACAAUCACAGCCCGGUGUUUCAGUCCGUCUCCAACACCUCGGUACUGGACUCUGCCCCCAUCGGAUCAGAAGUGUUUAGAUUCCGCGCCACUGACCUUGACACUGGCCUUGCAGGCAACCUCUCCUAUUCUAUAUCUGUCACGGAUAAGUUUACGGUCAACUCCACGACCGGCAUCCUCACGACGACGUCCCUGUUAGAUGCAGCAGUUGUGCCCCAGUACACGCUCACUGUGACGGCUAGUGACAAGGGCUCUCCUGUUCUGACAGCCGUUCAGAGUUUCACCAUCAAUGUCGUACCAACCAACCCCAACAACAACGAUCCCAUUUUUUCAGAUCCCAACCCCGUGACCGUCACCGUCGCCCGGACCGCCCCCGCGGGGACCCCCGUGGUGACAACGUCCGCAACAGACGCGGACAAAGGAAUCAGCGGACAGCUGGUUUACAAAAUCACUUUUGGGAACUCCGACGGUUACUUUGUUAUGGACCGUGCAACGGGGACCAUCAGCACCGCCACAGGGAUUCUAAGGGCGGCCAACAGUUACACUUUGGGGGUCAUGGUCACAGAUCAAGGCACACCAUCACGGCAAAACACGACAUCGGUUACUAUUCAAGUUGCCCCAGGUCUUACCAUAGAGCCCAUCAGAACAGACUACAACUUCACCAUUGCCGAGAACAAAUCGCCCGGUUUUGAGGUGGGCAGAAUAGCAGUUGACCCAGUUCGAACCACCACGGGAUAUAGCAUAAAAACUGGGAACUGGAACUCGGCAUUUGACAUCUCCAGGGACGGUGCUACCGGCGAGGGUGUUCUCGUAGUAAAAGGCGCCUUGGACUACGAGAUGGUCUCACUGUACUCGCUGGAGAUUGUAGUAACAACUGAUAUUCUAGAUUUUGUUAAAUUGGUUAAAGUUCAGCUGACCGACGUCAACGAUAACCCGCCUGUGUUCUCACCGGCCAGUCUUGCCCUCUCCAUACCUGAGAACCUCCCCACUGGCCACACGGUGACGACCAUCUCCUACACUGACGCCGAUGUAACACCAGCUUUCAGGGUUAACCUCUUGGAGCUGAAAACCCCCGGAGACGUCUACUUUGAGAUUGAUCAAUCUGGACACCUUAAAACCAAAACAAGCCUGGACUAUGAAUCUGGGCCACCUACCAUCACUUUUGACGUUGUAGCCAAAGAUCUGACUGAUUCGUCCUUGUCCAGCACGAUAACUAUCACGGUCACCGUCAUCGAUGUCCUGGAGGAGGAAGACCGCACGACCUCAUCCAUCACCAACAGCGCCUUGAUGUCGUUUGAAGUUCCCUACCAGGCGACCAGCGGUCAUCUGAUUUAUACCUUGACACCGGGGGAUUUUGGAAUCAUAGAAUCCGCGACCGCUAACGUGGAAUUCGUGGCAUUCAAGAGUACCCUGCCAUUUAGGUAAGCUCCACCUCUUUCUUUGUGUGUCUCACUCAAUCCCUCGUCAAAGUAAACCAAACAUCUUUAACGUAAUUCUUACAUAAUAUAUAUUUAGGAAUCUACUGUGGUCAGAGCUCUGCAUGAAGAUAGUAUUUUAUUAUUAUCGUAAAGCUCUGCAUUUUUUUGAUUCUUCAAAAUGAGUCUCUAAAAAUAAGAUUAUCUAUUAAAAAAUAUUUGAACCACAAUUUUCUACGAAAGGCAGUCAGAACGGUCUCAGAACUGUGGCGCAGUUUGACGGUUUUGUUAAGUAGGUGAAUGGGAUCAGGUGACAGAAAGUAAUCCUCGCCACUAUCGAAAGGUUCAGAAGACUCAACACGUACUUCAACAGUCUAGCGCAAACUGUUGACCAAAUGACCAUCACUAGAUGUUUCAGGGGAGGCCAGGGUGCGCGGCAGAUUUCCUACGGGACGACACUGUUGUACGGCUCAGCUCAGCAGACGGAGCUGGUAGCCAAUGUUCUAGCCAGGGUUUUAAGAGCGUACGCUCAAACCUUCGUCAGAAUAUAUGCGUGAGUUAGUAGACCCAGAGACCCAGAUGUCCAGAUAACAAUACCGGUGAUUAAAGAGGCCGACUAGGCUCAAGCAGCCCUCCUUUAUGGUUAACUGAAACGAAUGUACACCGUACCUAAAUACAGGGAACCGAUACGACCGAACAGAUAACAUCCUUCUUACUUAUCUCACACACCUAUAACCAACGAACACUAAAAAUCUUCAGUAAUUUUGUUUUUCUCAACAGCAUCGCCACCUACACAGGGGAGCUGACGGUCAGCGGUUCUCUUAACAAUAAAUCCAAGUACUUUCUGUGGGCCUUGUGUCGGUCCACUGACGGGGGUACCACGACGUCCAAGGUCUCUCUCCUGAGAAUCGACACGUUCGAUCUGACCACCCAGGUGGUUGUCAUAGAGUUUGCUGAGGCUUACUCUGACAUGAAGGCCAAAAUGUGGGUCCUUUCACUGCUUUAACUAUUUAACUUCCUUUUUAUAGCUCUUAUUAGCUGUAGCUUAUAUUGUGUGAGCAGUCUAUUUAGUCCAUAUUAGCUGUAGCUUAUAUUGUGUGAGCAGUCUAUUUAGUCCAUAUUAGCUGUAGCUUAUAUUGUGUGAGCAGUCUAUUUAGUCCAUAUUAGCUGUAGCUUAUAUUGUGUGAGCAGUCUAUUUAGUCCAUAUUAGCUGUAGCUUAUAUUGUGUGAGCAGUCUAUUUAGUCCAUAUUAGCUGUAGCUUAUAUUGUGUGAGCAGUCUAUUUAGUCCAUAUUAGCUGUAGCUUAUAUUGUGUGAGCAGUCUAUUUAGUCCAUAUUAGCUGUAGCUUAUAUUGUGUGAGCAGUCUAUUUAGUCCAUAUUAGCUGUAGCUUAUAUUGUGUGAGCAGUCUAUUGAGUCCAUAUUAGCUGUAGCUUAUAUUGUUUGAGCAGUCUAUUUAGUCCAUAUUAGCUGUAGCUUAUAUUGUGUGAGCAGUCUAUUUAGUCCAUAUUAGCAGUAGCUUAUAUUGUGUGAGCAGUCUAUUUAGUCCAUAUUAGCAGUAACUUAUAUUGUGUGAGCAGUCUAUUUAGUCCAUAUUAGCAGUAGCUUAUAUGGUGUGAGCAGUCUAUUUAGUCCAUAUUAGCAGUAGCUUAUAUUGUGUGAGCAGUCUAUUUAGUCCAUAUUAGCAGUAGCUUAUAUUGUGUGAGCAGUCUAUUUAGUCCAUAUUAGCAGUAGCUUAUAUUGUGUGAGCAGUCUAUUUAGUCCAUAUUAGCUGUAGCUUAUAUUGUGUGAGCAGUCUAUUUAGUCCAUAUUAGCUGUAGCUUAUAUUGUGUGAGCAGUCUAUUUAGUCCAUAUUAGCAGUAGCUUAUAUUGUGUGAGCAGUCUAUUUAGUCCAUAUUAGCAGUAACUUAUAUUGUGUGAGCAGUCUAUUUAGUCCAUAUUAGCAGUAGCUUAUAUUGUGUGAGCAGUCUAUUUAGUCCAUAUUAGCAGUAGCUUAUAUUGUGUGAGCAGUCUAUUUAGUCCAUAUUAGCAGUAGCUUAUAUUGUGUGAGCAGUCUAUUUAGUCCAUAUUAGCAGUAGCUUAUAUUGUGUGAGCAGUCUAUUUAGUCCAUAUUAGCUGUAGCUUAUAUUGUGUGAGCAGUCUAUUUAGUCCAUAUUAGCUGUAGCUUAUAUUGUGUGAGCAGUCUAUUUAGUACAUAUUAGCUGUAGCUUAUAUUGUGUGAGCAGUCUAUUUAGUCCAUAUUAGCUGUAGCUUAUAUUGUGUGAGCAGUCUAUUUAGUCCAUAUUAGCUGUAGCUUAUAUUGUGUGAGCAGUCAAUUUAGUCCAUAUUAGCUGUAGCUUAUACUAUGUGAGCAGUCUAUUUAGUCCAUAUUAGCUGUAGCUUAUACUGUGUGAGCAGUCUAUUUAGUCCAUUUUAGCUGUAGCUUAUAUUGUGUGAGCAGUCUAUUUAGUCCAUAUUAGCUGUAGCUUAUAUUGUGUGAGCAGUCUAUUUAGUCCAUAUUAGCUGUAGCUUAUAUUGUGUGAGCAGUCUAUUUAGUCCAUAUUAGCAGUAGCUUAUAUUGUGUGAGCAGUCUAUUUAGUCCAUAUUAGCAGUAACUUAUAUUGUGUGAGCAGUCUAUUUAGUCCAUAUUAGCAGUAGCUUAUAUUGUGUGAGCAGUCUAUUUAGUCCAUAUUAGCUGUAGCUUAUAUUGUGUGAGCAGUCUAUUUAGUCCAUAUUAGCUGUAGCUUAUAUUGUGUGAGCAGUCUAUUUAGUCCAUAUUAGCUGUAGCUUAUAUUGUGUGAGCAGUCUAUUUAGUCCAUAUUAGCUGUAGCUUAUAUUGUGUGAGCAGUCUAUUUAGUCCAUAUUAGCUGUAGCUUAUAUUGUGUGAGCAGUCUAUUUAGUCCAUAUUAGCUGUAGCUUAUAUUGUGUGAGCAGUCUAUUUAGUCCAUAUUAGCUGUAGCUUAUAUUGUGUGAGCAGUCUAUUUAGUCCAUAUUAGCUGUAGCUUAUAUUGUGUGAGCAGUCUAUUUAGUCCAUAUUAGCUGUAGCUUAUAUUGUGUGAGCAGUCUAUUUAGUCCAUAUUAGCUGUAGCUUAUAUUGUGUGAGCAGUCUAUUUAGUCCAUAUUAGCUGUAGCUUAUAUUGUGUGAGCAGUCUAUUUAGUCCAUAUUAGCUGUAGCUUAUAUUGUGUGAGCAGUCUAUUUAGUCCAUAUUAGCUGUAGCUUAUAUUGUGUGAGCAGUCUAUUUAGUCCAUAUUAGCUGUAGCUUAUAUUGUGUGAGCAGUCUAUUUAGUCCAUAUUAGCUGUAGCUUAUAUUGUGUGAGCAGUCUAUUUAGUCCAUAUUAGCUGUAGCUUAUAUUGUGUGAGCAGUCUAUUUAGUCCAUAUUAGCUGUAGCUUAUAUUGUGUGAGCAGUCUAUUUAGUCCAUAUUAGCUGUAGCUUAUAUUGUGUGAGCAGUCUAUUUAGUCCAUAUUAGCUGUAGCUUAUAUUGUGUGAGCAGUCUAUUUAGUCCAUAUUAGCUGUAGCUUAUAUUGUGUGAGCAGUCUAUUUAGUCCAUAUUAGCUGUAGCUUAUAUUGUGUGAGCAGUCUAUUUAGUCCAUAUUAGCUGUAGCUUAUAUUGUGUGAGCAGUCUAUUUAGUCCAUAUUAGCUGUAGCUAAUAUUGUGUGAGCAGUCUAUUUAGUCCAUAUUAGCUGUAGCUUAUAUUGUGUGAGCAGUCUAUUUAGUCCAUAUUAGCAGUAGCUUAUAUUGUGUGAGCAGUCUAUUUAGUCCAUAUUAGCAGUAGCUUAUAUUGUGUGAGCAGUCUAUUUAGUCCAUAUUAGCAGUAGCUUAUAUUGUGUGAGGAGUCUAUUUAGUCCAUAUUAGCAAUAGCUUAUAUUGUGUGAGGAGUCUAUUUAGUCCAUAUUAGCUGUAGCUUAUAUUGUGUGAGCAGUCUAUUUAGUCCAUAUUAGCAGUAGCUUAUAUUGUGUGAGAAGUCUAUUUAGUCCAUAUUAGCAGUAGCUUAUAUUGUGUGAGAAGUCUAUUUAGUCCAUAUUAGCAGUAGCUUAUAUGUCUAUGUAUUCCGUGGCUUUCAUUUUGUCACAUUACAAACUGGUUCUAUCUAUAUAUAUAAUACGCUAUAUAUAGGUACGCCAGAGCUAGCAUGCAAGACGCAGGCAAACCCUCCCUUCCCUUGCCUGCUCAUCGUUGGUCACGGGAUAUGCGCACUUCGGUGGAGCUACCACCCCCCCCUCCUGCACCACCCUCGCUUGCCAGCCAUGCGCAUACUCCAACAAGCUUGCGGCGUUGUAUGCUAAGCCGCCGGGGGGGGGGGUCGGCUAUAUUCCUAUAGUUCAUGGGCGGGAAAUAAAAAGUGUGCAGUGACGUAUCAUGGAAAAAAGGAGGGGGGGGGGGCAAAAUAGUCAUUCUUCAAUUAUUGUAUGCUAAGCCGCCGGGGGGGGGGUCGGCUAUAUUCCUAUAGUUCAUGGGCGUGAAAUAAAAAGUGUGCAGUGACGUAUCAUGGAAAAAAGGAGGGGGGGGGGGCAAAAUAGUCAUUCUUCAAUGUGCGUUACUUGAGUUCACGUUUUUGUCAAGUAACUUACUUUAGUAGAUGGGAAGUUCACGCAUUGCGGUCGCCAAUGUUUGGCGGGCUAUACCUAGUACUUUAUAAUGGAUCACCUCAAACAGAAAAGAAGCGGUUUUGUCAAAGCUAUUUUUAAAAAAUACAGUAAUAAGGCGAAAAUCCGUGCCUAAAAAAUGUGGCUUGCCUAUUCUGGAAAAAAAAUACUUCGGGGGGUCGAGAAAAAGGUGAUUUAUAUUGAACCCAUUGUCAGAUCUAGAGAUGACUUACUACAAUUUGAACCACACACAAAACGGUUUUUUUGUUUUGGCACGGCUACGACAGUACUCACAUCGUAACCCGUGACCUAAAUAAUGACAACAUAUGACGAUAAUCAGGACGGCGUUCAAGCUUACCUACCCUUUGACUAGCGAUGGGUUAUUGUUUUGUUGAAAUAUUUAAAAAUGAUGAUCAUCUUUGGGUUUGUUUUGAUCAAAACAAAUGCUACACUAAAUAUAUAUUACUUGCUACAUUAUGUAUAUUACUUGGUACAUUCUUUAUUGCUUGCUACAUUCUAUGUUCUUUGUGUCACUUUCUACAUUCUAUAUAUUUCUUGCUACAUUCUAGAUGUUACUUGGUACAUUAUAUAUAUUACUUGCUACAUUCUAUAUAUUACUUGCUACAUUCUAUAUAUUUCUUGCUACAUUCUAGAUGCUACUUGAUAUAUUCGAUAUAUUACUUGCUACAUUCUAUAUAUUACCUGUUACAUUUUAUUCAUUGAUACCUAUUAGAAAAAAAUUGACAACAUAUUAUCUUCUACUUUUAACUAUUUUGUUAUGAAAAUGUUGUAUCAACCCUUCUCCUAUUUCAUGGACCAUCCUCACUACCCGGCCCUCCUCCUGCUUCAUGUACCAUCCUGUCUACCCACCUUUGUAUCAACUUCAACUCCUAUAGACAUUCUUGCUUGAACAUUACGUCUCGUGAUUAUUGCGUAAUAACAAUCUAGGAAGAAUGGUAAUAUAGUAACAUAAUGUUCAAUAGUUUUUAAAAAAAACAUGUCCGAAUUUUCGAAUUUCUCUUGUCCACAGAUCAGCAUUCAGAACUCGUACGCAACUAUUUUUCACUCAGACCCAGAGGGUCGGAUUCUCCAACUUGCUGGACACAAGCUCCGGGUCAAGGAGGAAGCUCUUGGCUACAACGUGAGCUACAACAUAUGCAACAUAGAAAUAGUUCUUACGAUAAGGAAUACGUACCGUUUUUCAUAUUAUUAUGAUACAAAGAAAAUGUCACAAAUAAAUUCCUCGAUGUUAAAAAGUUUCUAUAACUUUCAGACGGCACACUAACCUCCCAACACAACAACACUAAACCCCCACGACAUGUCACCCCCACAUGACACAACACCCCAAACACACCACAUACCCCACCACGCCACAUCCAAUCCACACAAUACCACACCACACUCCCACAACACCACACCACACUCCCACCACACCACACCAAACUCCCACCACACAACACUCCCACCACACCACACUCCCACCACAUCACACUCCCAUCACACCACACUCCCACCACAUAACACCACACUCCAACCAUACCACACCACACUCCCACCACACCAAACUCCCACCACAAUCCUACCCUACCACACUUCCAGCACGUUUCAACCACACUCUAACCAAACCAUACCACACUCCCACCACACCAUAGCACACUCCCACCACACCACACCACACUCCCAACACACCCCAUUCCCACCACGCCACACUCUAACCAAACCAUACCACACUCCCACCACACCAUAGCACACUCCCACCACACCACACUCCCAACACACCCCAUUCCCACCACGCCACACUCCCACCACACCGCACUGCCACCACUUCACACUCCCACAACACCACACUCCCACAACACCACAACACACUCCCAACACACCACAACACAUUCCCACUACACCACACCUCACUCCAAAUACACCACACUUGCACCACACCACACUCCCACCGAGCAACAUUCCCACCACACCAAACUGCCACCACACCACAAUCCCACCAAACCAAACUACCACCACACCACACUCCCAAAACACCACUCUCCCAAUACACCACACCACACUCCCACCACCUCACAUUCCCACCACACCACACUCCCACCACACCACAUGGCCACCACACCACACUGCCACUACACCACACUCCCACCACACCACAUGCCCACCACACCACACUCCCACCACACCACCCCCCCACCACACCACACGCCCACCACACCACACACCCACCACACCACACUACUACCACACCUCUCCCACCACACCACACUCCCACCACAACCCACUCCCACCACAACACACUCCCACCACACCACACUCCCACCACACCACACUCUCACAACACCACACUCCACCACAACACACACCAGCACAACACACUCCCACCACCCCACACUCCCACCACAACACACACCCACCACAACACACUACCACAACACCACACUCCCACCACACCACAUUCCCACAACACCACACUCCCAGCACACCACACCCCCACCACACCAACUCGCAUGCUUCAAAUUUAUCACGGUAUCAUCUCCUUGCACAGAUCCCUUCCAUUACUUAUUCAUUUAUUAUUUCAACUUCCUCCCCCACCCCCAAACCCAAACCCCAACACAGGAGCGCCGCCUACACCUACGUCGUCAGUGACACGUCAGCAGACGCUAUGGCAAACGUCAACCAGGACAAAUCUUUUAUGACGGACAAAGAGAUUCUAGGCGUAAGUAUCAUCGCACAUACAGAUUCUGAACGUUUGCAAUAUCGGACAAACAGUUUCUUGCAGCUUGUAAUAUCGGACAGACAGUUUCUGGGUGUAUGUAAUAUCGGACAUGGAGAUUCUUAGUGUGUAAUAUCGGACAAACAGAGAGUGAGAUUAUGAUUAAGCUUUACUCUUCUGAUCUAAACACUCUGUUAGAAACUAUCGUCUCGGACAAGACUUCCAUUAAAGUCGAUAAUUCUCAAGGUCGAUAGUCUCAAGGUCGAUACAUCUCAAGGUCAAUAAGUCUCAAGGUCGAUAAAUCUCAAGUUCGAUCAUUCUCGAGGUCGAUAAGUCUCAAGGUCGAUCAUUCUUAAGGUCGAUACAUAUCAAGAUCAAUACGUCUCAAGCUCGAUAAUUCUCAAGGGCAAUAAGUCUCAAUAUCGAUAAGUCUCAAGGUCGAUAAGUCUCAAAGUUGUUAAGUAUCAAAGUCGAUAAGUCUCAAAGUCAAUAAGUCUCAAGGACAAUUAGUGAGUCUCAAGGUCGAUAAGUUUAAAGGUCGAUAUGUCUCAAAUUUUGCUUAAGAUACCUUGCAUUAUAUCAUUAGACAUUAGACAAAUAUAUCGUAAUAAUUGAGGCCUUUAUUUACUGUAAUAAUUAAGGCCUUUAUUUAUUGUAAUAAUUAAGUCCUGUAUUUACUGUAAUAUUAAGGCCUGUAUUUACUGUAAUAAUUAAGGCCUUUAUUUACUGUAAUAAUUAAGGCCUUUAUUUACUGUAAUAAUUAAGGCCUUUAUUUACUGUAAUAAUUAAGGCCUUUAUUUACUGUAAUAAUUAAGGCCUUUAUUUACUGUAAUAAUUGAGUCCUGUAUUUAAUGUAAUAAUUGAGUCCUGUAUUUACUGUAAUAAUUGAGUCCUGUAUUUACUGUAAUAAUUGAGUCCUGUAUUUACUGUAAUAAUUAAGGCCUUUACUUACUGUAAUAAUUAAGGCCUUUAUUUACUGUAAUAAUUAAGUCCUGUAUUUACUGUAAUAAUUGAGUCCUGUAUUUACUGUAAUAAUUGAGUCCUGUAUUUACUGUAAUAAUUGAGGCCUGUAUUACUGUAAUAAUUAAUUCCUGUAUUUACUGUAAUAAUUAAGGCCUUUAUUUACUGUAAUAAUUAAGGCCUUUAUUUACUGUAAUAAUUAAGGCCUUUAUUUACUGUAAUAAUUAAGUCGUGUAUUUAAUGUAAUAAUUAAGGCCUGUCUUUGCAAGCAUCGUAGACGUCACCAAAAAAGUAACAAAAAACAAUAAUAUUAAACUUUGAGCUCCAGACACAAUGACAAAAUCCCAUUAAUUGAAAUAUAUAAAAGAAACCUUUCCGAAAGAAUAGUUUCAAUAAUCUCAAUUGGGCGUUUGUUGAAGGUUUGGGAGUACAUAUGUCGUUAUCGGGCCUGGCUUUAAGUCAGACCGUACAUCAGCUGUUUAUUUUGACAUAAUUUGUGAUAAAAAAUAAUUGCGUUAUUUCUUCUACAGAUCCUUCAACAGUCGGCUGACGGCACUCCGGUCACUGGUUUGUCUGAUCCGGCAAUCCUGGAGGUGUCUGCCGUGGAACCGUAUCAGGAAACCCAAUCCAGCAGUGCGGACGAGUUCUUGUCCUCGCCUGGUGGCAUAGUGAUGUUCUGUCUGCUGGGUCUGCUGCUGCUGGUGGCGCUCAUACUCCUCAUCGUCUUCUUGUGCCAUAGGAAAAACAAGAAUGUUGAUAAGUGGUGCGUUGUGCCGUUUGGAGGGAGAGUCUCAUCGGGGAAUGAUUUGAAGAGUCAGAGUUGUGAGAGGUUUGCAGAAGGGACUCAUCAAGGGAGUGAUUUGAGAGCCUGGGGUUGGGAGUUUGGCAGGAGGGCCUCAUCGGGGGAGUGAUCGGAGAGCCUGGGGUGGGAGGUUGGCAGGACGACCUCAUCAGGGGAGUGAUCGGAGAGCCUGGGGUUGGGAGGUUGGCAGGACGGCCUCAUCAGGGGAGUGAUCGGAGAGCGUGGGGGGGGGGGUUGGCAGGAGGGCCGCAUCGGGGGNUGGCAGGACGGCCUCAUCAGGGGAGUGAUCGGAGAGCCUGGGGUGGGAGGUUGGCAGGACGACCUCAUCAGGGGAGUGAUCGGAGAGCCUGGGGUUGGGAGGUUGGCAGGACGGCCUCAUCAGGGGAGUGAUCGGAGAGCCUGGGAUGGGAGGUUGGCAGGACGGCCUCAUCAGGGGAGUGAUCGGAGAGCCUGGGGUUGGGAGGUUGGCAGGACGGCCUCUUCGGAGGAGUGAUCGGAGAGCCUGGGGUUGGGAGGUUGGCAGGACGGCCUCUUCGGAAGAGUGAUCGGAGAGCCUGGGGUUGGGAGGUUGGCAGGACGGCCUCAUCAGGGUAGUGAUCGGAGAGCCUGAGGGUUGGGACGUUUGCAAGGAGUUGGAUAUUGAUUGGGUGGUCUCAGCUUCAGGCGACUGAUUUUUCAGUUGACAAAGUUACUUUUGGUACUUACAGUUUACACUUAGUGGUAAGCUUGAAAUAACAUGGCAACUUUGAAUAGUCGAUAAAGAAAACGGUUAAUAUGCUUAAAUGCUUUAGGGCUCUUCAUGCAAAUGUGUUUAAUUUGGUUACUGACUUUUUUUUAUUAAACGUCGUAUGCAUGAAACAACUCACACACUUACAUUUCUUCGUGGAUUUUUCCAGGGAAGAGAAGAAGGGUAAAGAUUCAAAAGACGUCAGAGGAGGUGAGUGUUGCAGCUAGUCUUCUAUGUCAUCUAAGUAAAAUCAAAAUCCGUGAAAUAAAUUCCGUUUGAUGUCACUUACAUAGUAUUUAAACCAGAUAUAAUUGUAUAUAUUUUAAAGGCAUAUUUUGAAGGAAAAAAUUCUCUUUCAGAAAAAGUAACACCCUUUUUCAAAGUGUCACAAAGGAGUGCGAGUAUUGACACCACGAGACAGCACCAUGACCCCUCCUUAGGACACCCACCUAAGACUCUUAUCAACACACCUAACUCAUAUGGCUCUAACGACAAACUGAGAGAUGAACACGCCGCAGAGAAGUCCCACAGCAACAAGUCUGUAGAGCACGCCGAACCAGUACCCAUCCUUCACGUGGAGCCAACCAAAGACACAGAGGUGAAGUCUAAAGAGGAGACCACUCGGAUCUUCACCACCAGAGGGGAUACCAACAACAACGUCUCCCUUAUAAAAUACGGCAGGAAAUCCACCAAAUUACCCACCACAGCCUCAGCAAUCCCUGGGAAGGACGCCAAGAAGAACACCGCCGUCCGCAAGACCUCGGAAGUCAAGGGACCUACUGAUAAAAAGGGACAGAACACGUGGACGAACUCCGUUCCAAGCCCACCUGACGCUCCGAGCUCUCUCAACAAAGAGAAACCAGCGUCCGGUGAUUCUAAAUCUGUCAGUGAUGAACCAACCUCUGCCUCCGGCUCACAUAAGAACGAAGCCAGCGAAAGUGCGGGUUCUCACACUGCGUCCAGCACGAGCCAGGGUGCAUCCGCAGAUCCCGUUAAUGACAACGGUUUAGAGAUUGUUGGUGAAAAGGUUUUCACCAACCAGGGAACCGCUGCUGACACAACCUAGUGUCAUGACAUUUCAGUCGUAGUACUAAAAGCUUCAGAAAGUCUCCUAGAUUUGUUUUUAAAAUUUACUAACGCCAGGUUACCUUUGAACUCAGUCUAAGCACAAACACAUGAAAUAGUAGUUUCCUUUUUUCGAAAAAACUUUUUUUUUUUUAAAUCUUGAAAUAAAUUUUCAGUUAAACAUAAUCUCCAGUUUUCCCUAGCCAAUUGUUUGAAAUUUUCAGCCUUAAGAAAGCAAGAAAAAGAUAUCUAAGAUACUCGGGUUUGAGU